UGAGAGUCUUGUUUGGGAGUUUAUUUGAUAGCAGCACAGCUGGUCGAAGAAAAGGGCUGAGGUGAUUUAUGGAUACAGCUUAUUAGAGAGGAGUACAGGUCAUUGAGGUGGUCAGCAGCCAGCACAGGGAGCCAUUAUCAUUAGACACCCUGCUGUUGUCUGUGUUGUUCUGGGGCAGAUGAAAAGCGUGCAGCCACAAAAAGGGUUAAUGAUGCGUGGCUGAGUCGACACGUGUUUCCCAAAAGAAGAGGGGGGGCUGCACAGACUCAGAUUAAGAGUACAGAGUCACAAUCCUGGAAAUGGAUCUAAAUCACGAUCAUAUUCGAGGAUGAUGAGCCGACAUGAGCAGAAUUCAACUGCACUCAUGAAGUAUGCCAUUUCCUAAAGUCACUUUAAAACAUUCAAAACCUUUUUGCAGAAGAUUCAUCAGCAAAAGAUCUUAUUCUGCAGACGCCUGACUCUGACCUUUUUUUUUUUUUUUGACCAUUUUAUUUUCAGUUUUAUAUACAUAUAUGUAAAAUGUACAAAACAAGCAAACAAAAUUAUGAAAUUAUGACAGAUUACUGACUUAGAUAUUGGUGUAAGAGAAAAUCGAGUAUGGUCUAAAUAUGGCUGCCAUAUUUUCAAAAAGGUGUUGUACUGUCUUCUUAGGCAGUAUGUCAUUUUUUCUAGGAGUAUACAACUGUUCAUAUAAACUCUCAGCUUAUUUGACAUUAUAUGAUGAUUCCUUGUGUAACGCCUCACAGUUUCAGGCAAGUGAGAAUGGGCUUGUCAGGUCCCCUAUUAUUUCCUGGCCCAGAAAAGGUCAUUUUCUCUGAGCUAAUAUAAAUCUCGAGUGUUAUAAGAUAAGAUAGAUAAUUUUGGAAGGAAGCAGAAGUGCAAAAUUAUACCUGAAAUUUUAAACAAUGAUGUAGAUUGUCUUGUUUCUCUCAUCCCUUACUUUGUUUUGUCCUAUAGUGGAACCGUUGAUGACACUUUGGACGAACAAUAUGUAUAUUAUUCAGAAUGUAAAGAAGUAAAGAAGUAAAUCAAAAGAAAAUAUCUUAUUAAUACAAAAAAGUGGCAAAAUUAGUAUUAAAGAUAAGUGUCACUCACCACCACUACAUUAAUCUAUUAAAACAGCGAUAUACAUAUAAUACUCUAUGAUACUUUCAGAAUCUGAACUUUUAUGUUCAGGACAACCACAAAGAUAGGAAUCUACAUUUUGAGACUGACAAUCUGCAAAUUCAAGUUUUGUUUUCUCAGUCUGCCAGCUUCUUAUUGCUGUGUGCCAUGAUUCAGAGAGACAGCUGACAGCAGCUGACUUUGGACUCAACAGAAUCAAUGAGGAGAUCAGGAGAAAGCCUGAGAUCUGACGAGGAAGAGGAGAAGAGCGUCUGCUAGUCCUCUUUUCACCCCCCCAAUAAUAGGCAGCUCUUUCAAAGCAGAGAUACAUCCUGAAAUAGGGCUCAUCCUAUUCAUGACUGCGUGACACGUGACGGCUCGUGUCAUGCUUUUGGACCUGGGGGCAUGUCACUGCUGAGAGAGUAUAACUUAAAUGACAAAAGACGAAGAUUGUACAAGAAAAAACUAAUAAAAAUGCAGUAUGUUAAUGUUUCAAAGCCAAGUACAGAACAAUUAAAAUUCAUUCUUAAAGCUGGUUUAUAUUGUGUUCAGUGCUUAUCUUCCUAUUUAGCAUUACGCUCAAUGAAUGGAGCUCUCGUGUGCGCGCCUUGCGUUUGGAGCGCGCGUUUUCUCUUUUUCCAGCAGCGGCUCACAGAGGAAAGAGUUUGUGAAAGAGGGAGGAGAGAGGAGGACUGCAUGACGGAUUACACCGCUUUUAUUCUGCAAAUUAAAUUGACCCGGGUCAGAUAUGUCCAUUUGGUGACCAUGAAGUGUCCAUAGUUUGGGUUUGUAUUUUUCCGCGUCAGGGAGGAAAAAAAGUGGGUCUCUGAAGAAGAAGAAGAAGAAGUGGAGUAGACUAGUCGCCGCUGUUGCCAGUUUCUCCCCGAGGUGCGGAUUCAGCAGAGAAAGACUGGGGACGAAGUUUGUGCAAGAUGCAGGGGGUUUCAGCUACUGGUAAGUGACUCUCUUAAACACAAAGUCUUGUCUCGCUGUGCGUCUUCUUUCAGAACUAUCUGCGGUUUUUCUCAAGUUGUUUCCAAACAACCACGGCUUGCAUUGCCCACAGGAUCUGAAUUCCAAAAUGCUUUAGCCAGCUGUCAACAAGAAAGACAGCUGCGAGAAAGGGCCCUGUGUCAACUCCAAAACAAAACGGAGAGAUCUGGCUUUCUCUGCUCGUUUGGGUUUCGUCUUCAAAGGAGCAUUAAUGGUAGAGAGCUGACACGGCAAGAAGUGGAGCCAAGCUGUGCCAAACGCGUAGAGAGAGGUGACCUUACAAGUGCCCCAAUCUGACACAGGCCCCCUCACACACACGAAAACACACACUUUGUCAUCUAUGAGAGUGGAUUAUAUGACUGGAAAUCAAACACUAACUAGAUAAAUGAAUUAUCUUCCUCUCUAGUGUAGUGUAUGGUCAUAAAAAUCCUUCAAAGCUGAUGAUAUGGUGUUUAAAGUGCCUACAUCUCUGUGUACCCAUCUCUCCUGGAGGAUGUAGGUGUUUGAUGAAGAGUAUGUGUCACUGUGUGGUUUCCUCUUGCAGAGAUAUUUUUAAUUACAAUACGCAUCUCUCCGCUUGAGCUUUUGUUCCACCACAAUCUCCACAAAGGAGGGGCCUUGUGUUGUUGUUCUUUAUUUGUAAAAAAAACCCACCGUGCAUUCUGUAAUCGCCAUGUCCACAUCAUUGUUCAUGUGCUAUGUGUUUGAGGAGAUGACAGAUCUGGGGCGUCUGGCUUGAUACCCCUUUUCCAUUUAUAACCACAAUGAGUUACUGUGUGAACCAAACUCCAUAGACAAAAAAAAAAAAAAAUGUCUGUUUCUUAAGAUCUUUCACAGCUGAGGUCUUUGGAAUAAAGUGCUACAGCAUGCAGACAAAGAAAGGGGGGAGGGUGUAAGAGUGUGAUAGAGAUGAAGUGCUGAUGGGGACGAUAUCAGGCUGCAGCAGAGGUGAGCUAUGCAGGGAGAAGGAAAAAAAGAGAGGGAGAGAGAGAGGGUGUUUGUUGUGAGACUCGGGGGAGGAAUCGAUCUGCCGGCCUUCUGGCUGGCUUUCCUUUUCCGGCAGUCCAGCGGUGUAUCAUUUCUCUCCCCCCACACAUACACGCAUUCGUUCCCAAGGCCGUGCUCUUAUUUUGCACUUCCCUCUUUUUCUCCCACACUAUCCAAGAUCAAUCUACCCCCCUCCCCACUCCCCAAAAACACUCACACACAUAAGACUCAAGCUCCCUGCUAGUGCUAUCAGAUGAAAUAUAUAUAAGUUUCCCCCUUUUUUUAACUUUGUUCCUCCCACAUGGGAAGCAAACCGGGCUGUGCACUCUCCUAAUGCUUAUUUUUGUGUUUACGAUGGGAGGGUCAAAAAGAGGUUUGAUGCUGCUUUCAUCAAAUCAGUGGAGGAUCUACUUAAAACAAACCACAUCACAAAUAAACUGCAGUGAAACAGAUAGCAUUCCUCUAACUUCGAGUCCCACCUCCAUCCUUCGAAACUGUUUUCCAACUACAUGAACUUUUCCGUCCUUACAGUCUGAAUACGAUCUGGAGUGGUUAAACGUCUCCUCCACAGAUGCAUGGAAACAAUGGUGGUCCACGCGUGCCAGCUCUACACUCCAGCAUGGUCGCCCCGGCGGGCUGUUUAGGUUAUUUAUUAUUAACAAAAGCUAUUGGGCCUGUCUGUGUUUAACCAGGCCAAUGUAAACACCUCCCCUCUGUGUUAGAUAAACACAGAGCCCAGGGAGUGAGGGAGGAGGACGGUGAGAAUACUAUCUGCCCGGCUCCUCUUAUUCCUCCUUUUCUGAGCUCACAUGACUCUGCCCUUCCUCAUUCUGACUUUAAUGAAGUUAGACGAUGGGUAUAAGUCUGCUGGCAUGGCCUUUUUAUAAGUUUUUCUUCAAUUAAUGGGGAAAAUAAUGCAGACAAGUCUUUGUUAACUGUUGACAUUGGUGGGAAAAAGUAGCUGAUUUUCAAUAUGAUGGUUGGUCUCUAUCAUCCAGGUGGCACAAUGUCUGGAAUACUUAUGAACUGGACAGGAAUUUUGAACUAAAAGGGUUAAUCUAGUGUUGCUUCCCACCAUGAAUGGGUUGCUUUACACAUGCCAGAUAACUAUCAGUUAUUAAUUACAGCAUAAAAAUACCAAAAGCAUGACCGGGUGUUGCCAGUCCUGAACCAAUGUCUUCGGUUUAUUGGUCCCAUUCAUUUCUUGUUAGUUUGUGUGAAUGUGAAUGUGCCUACUAUCUUUGAAACAAGUGGAAACCUCCAAUGUUCAAAACUGGAAGCUAAUGCAUGGAUCCACAGAGAUCCAAGAGAGGACAGAAAGUGUAUCAUUGGAGCUAGUUUGGUAGGAAACCACACUCUAUGACGCUCAUGGCAUUAUUUGGGCUGCAAUGUCUGCAAGUUGGUCUGGCAUAUCCUAAAUGGCAACUGCCUCAUUGAGCUUCAAAAAGCCAGGCUGACAUUGCUAAAUCUAUUUUUGCCAGGCAGGUGAUCUGUGUUUGCACUUUUGCAAAAUAAUGUUGUCAUUUCCUGUUAGCUGCUGCACCAGCUGCUCGCAAAAAAACAGUCCUACAGAGGGCAAAAAAAAAAAGGUUAAAGAUUCUUUCACACCUUUUUUUUAGUGCUCACAAAGUAAUCAUAUUUUAAGACAGCCACAUUUGUUUACAUGUUGUUGCUAAUCCCAUAUACUUGAAGGAAUGAUCCCAGUCUUUUCCUCAUAAAGUAAAACUCUUUACUCAAACACUAUACCAAGUUUCAGCCAAAACUCAACAUCUAAGUUGUGGUAUUAGGACUUGAAAAAGAUCUCGGUAUAUCUCAAAUUACCAUUGCUGAUGUGGGUUGUAUGAAGCAUGUCAGUUAUUUCAGACUUCAGCUGAGGGGCUGAGUACUUUUAAGUUCAGGUGCUGCUGUGUACAUCUUUAGACUUUUAGUGCUGUUUCUGUGGUGAACAAAAGCAAGGUGCAGUGACUCUGUAUCACACAGCAGCUUAGCCAUCACAACUCAAGGUUCAAGGGCUGCAUCAGGACACACAAUAUAAUAUAAUAUAAUAUAAUAUUGAAUUUACUUUCAGGGAUCAAUAAAGUUCUUUUCUCUAUUAUUCUCAUUCUUAUAAAUACAAUUGAUUGAUUGAUUGAUUGGUUAUUGUAUAGCCUCAAAAACAAGCACUGCAAACAAGUGCAAAGCAUCUUUUUUUCACAAUUUUCCCUUCUACAUGAAACAUAGAGUGAUCAUCCCAAGUAUUUUGAUCAAUAUUGAUACCAUGAUUGUUAAUCACGAUUAUUCGGACAGAUCCAGUCUAGUUUUUGUCAUAUUUUGAGUCUUUAUACUACGCUAAGCCAAACUACCCGACCCCAUAUAUUUUGUAUAAUCUACAAAGAACCAGAAAGUUUCUACUCGAAGAAUUUGAUGUUAACAUCCUCAAGGUGACCACCAGACCAGCCACCCAACUUCUUGAGAAUUCCCGUGAGCUACCAUCUCUAACAUCCUGUUUGCCUCUGUCCUCUUCCAUCUCUCUGUCUCAUCCUGUUACUCUGUGUGUGAGAGAGACAGCAUGACUCAGUUCCAGGCCAUUCAGAAGCUUCAGGCUUGUUCCCAGCCUGCCAGAGUGUCACAUUGAUUUUUCUAAUGGUGGUCAUGUGUGGGUCCCGCUGUUGCGAAGGCUUCUGCUAAGAUGGCACAGCAGUUGUGUGUGCGUUUGUGUGUGAAGUAUGUGUGUGUGUGUACAACAAGCUGUGAUGCCAUUAACCCCUUUUAUUUAAGGUCUUUUUCAGAAGACUACAAGGCCCAAAGGAAGUCCAUCUCAGACUCUUACUCUGAACUUUUGGGCGGAAACUAUCAUCUUAAGUUAUUGCAAUGUUUGUGUUAAAGACUAUAUGUCACCUGCUGUCUUGAUGGUUGUUUUAGCUUAAUUUUUUAUACAGUGGCAGUGGAUAGAAACAUAUCCUACAUCUUUGAGUACAGCCAGUGGUACACAAGGUUAGGACACACACUGAAGACGUGCAGAGUAAAGGGAAAGCUUCACGCAGCGUUGAAUGCAUUUCACCUUCACUCACAGGGUGUAAUUGAAACUGGUUUGUUUUGAUGUCGUUCAAAAGAAGCAAAGUCACAGUGAAUGAAAUGUGUUGUUAUACAGACGCUCCUGUUUAACAGGUUCUUGAGUCACUUCAAGCACGCUGCUAUGAAAGGUGUGUUUUGAAGUGUGCAAAAUUGUUGUUACAUCAGAAUGUAAUUGUGAAGCUAUUGUGAAUGUCUACUUCUAGAAACUGUAAAAGGAGGUAUUGUUACACUGACUGAGAGUACUUUUCACCACACCUUCCUAACUGUUUCAUGAAGUUUAACAUUAAAGGCAAUUACCUCAUUUUUUAAGACUUUUCACUCUUAAAAGUGAGUGCACAUCUGCCUCUCUUUUCGUUUAGUGUGAAUGAAUUUUACUAAGCAGUGAUUUAUUUCUCUCUGGUUUUACCUCGGAAAGGUCAAAGUAUAUUAGAAUAGACUGAUUCUUAGUUUGAUUCAAGACUCAACAUGUUAUUUUUGAUGCUUGGAGUCUCUGAACCCUAACCCUGACUCCGGACGAUACCACUAGUCUAGUCUUAGACAACAACAAAAGACCUGAUUUAAUGACGUUGUGGCGGUUUCAUGGGUGUUGUUGUCUUCAUUGUUAAACCACUUCUCUUGACAUACAAAUUUGCAUGACCGAGAUGAAAACUAUGUCCAAGGCUGAGGUCAUGUAAUUGAGUUUAAUUUGUGUUUCGUUUGGUCAUAUUCACAAAAGCUUUGUCAUAUCGCUUACAUAAACUUCACUCUCUGGUAUAUCCUCUGGUUUUCUGUGUUUCCCAGGAAGACACACAACCAUAUGAGUUCCUGUUAGGGCCAAAACUUGCAACGCCAGCUAGAGACGCUGGUAUUAAGCCUUGACUUAGUGUGUGCAAAUAGCCAAGACUCCAGGUAAAAGCAGCCUGGUGUGAUUUAGAGUGAACUGAUUUUUGACUAUAUUGGUAUGGAGUGUUUUGAUGAUGGUUUGAGUCUAUCUGAUGUGUAUAAUGUCAUGAUAAUGAACCCUGGUAUGUAUGGACUGAAGACAAUGCUGCAGACAGUUAGAGAGAUAUUCUGGCGUAAAAUUAAGUUAGGGUCAAACACACCGUAACACCGAGUUAGAUACCCUCUCGAGAGAUGAAUGUUGCCGACCACCCGCUUCUCUAGUUAUAUCAACUUUAGUAAUGACCGCACGAUAGCAAUACACAGCGGUCUGAGGAGCCACAUGCUCAACCAAAAAGCCACUCUAUAGCCACAAAUAAUGCUCAGAACAGCACCUAACUUCAACAACAACAGGGUCCUAGUUAUAGCACUAGCCACCAAACAUCUUUUUAACUUUGCCUUAUUUUUUUAGCAAAGAGACCAAACACAACUCACCCACUCUCUUCCAGCAGCCGCUUGUUUGUAGCGAGUCCAUCACCACAGCGGGGUGACGCAGCUCAAGGGAGAACAUUUAUGAUCAUAACUUAAUUUUACGCUGGAAUAUCCCUUUAAAUCCAAACUUGUUAUAUCCUCACCAAGUUCCCAAAUUCACCACUCAGUAACUUAUUUCAGAUAAAAGUCACAAACUCCCCAAAGCAACCUUGAGUAAUGGUUUGGAUUUCUCUAGGAAUGUUAUUUGGGAUGAUAUACAAAUCAUAGGUUUUGUAAUUUUUAUAAGGAAAUGUUGCAUAUUGUACUUUUAAAUUCUGUCUUGAUCAAAGUUUUUUUUACCUUCAACUUAUUUUAAGAUCCCCAAAAUAACUAAAAAUGGCUAAAAAUGGCCAGUGUUUUUUUUUUGUUUUUGUUUGUUUCCGUGCCUCAAGACUCAAAUAUCUGCGCUACAGUCUGUAUCAAAAGUCAAAGCAGGGCGGCCUUUGAAUUCUUGUGAUGCAACACAACAUGCUGGCAUUUUCAAAACUUGAGUCAUACAUUGACAGCAGCUGACUUUGGCACCUUUUGGCACAAAACAAUUUAACUUUACAGCCGAGCCGAACAUGUGAUGCUAAAACGUGAUGAAAGUAUGCACUGGAAUAAUAAGAGGGAGUGUGACAGCAAAGACGACUGUAGUUAUGAGCCAAAUACUGUUUGGUAUUAGGAUGUUUCUGUUGAGAGCCGUAGUCCUUCCUGCACAAUUUGUUUAUACUGGAGGUCUUUUGGCUUAUAGUAGGGUCUGGCUGACACACACACAAACCCACUUACACACACACACACACAGAAGGCGGAAGUGACCUAGUUUUCUUAAAUGGUACCAACUGUUGAGGCAUUCAAGAAAUGGACAGAAUUACUUGGUGUCCCCCAAUUAUGGGCCAGCAAGUAAGAUGUUAAACAUUACCCCAUGAGACCAAAUUAAUAUCAUCCCUUUUGUCUUAAAAAAAGAACCAGUAUGUAAUCCAGAUGCUUGUCUGAAGGACUUAAAAGUUAGUGUGAGUGGGAGUUCUCAUUGAGGAUCAUUGACUGACUCUCUGUAGGCCGUCCUUAAGGAAAAAAGGGGAAACAAAAACUCAAAUCAGAAGAGUUGGCCUACUUCAGAAGACUUUCUCAUGCUUAAAGUCUUUGUUUGUGUCUCAGGUCAGUUACUCCACAGCCCUGUAUGCGUGUAUGUGUGUGCGUGUAGGUCUGUAUCUGUGUCGUCUCUCCGCUCUGCUGUCUGUCUGGAUCGGACCUACCCUGAUGAGGGGGAUUUUCCUGGGAAAGUCAUAUGGAAAGAAAAAAACUGAGCCUUAAUAGUAAAAGCAUGUUCCAUUUUAUUUCUUUCCCUUUGUGUGUGUGUGUGUCAGUGUGUGUGUUUUAUGAGUGGAGCUCCUUUCUAGCACACUGAAGGCAUUGUGUUUUUCCUCUCUGAUCAUCAGAGGAGCAGGCUUGCAGGAAUCUCAGCUUCCUGUACACAUUGGGGUGAGGCAGGGGGAGCUAGAGGGGGGAGGGAGGAUGGAGAAGCGAGGAGGAGAAAGGGGGUUGGGUGGGGGCCAGGUGGAGUGGAGGUCACCUCCAGGUUAGACGGUGAGCAUCAGCAUCAUAAUUCAUAGCUUUAUGGCAAAACUCAAGAAUAAGGGAUGAGAUUUUAUGGUGAGAAAACAGGAUUUGAACAUCUUGCAAAACAAGAUAAGCAGAGAUGUAGAGGUUAUCACUUUCUCCACAUGGGGCAGCGCAGGACUGGGACAAGAUUUUAAGCAAGGUGUGAAAUAUAGCCCAGCAUGGACACUUCUUCCUUUGGCCGCCCUUUUGAGACAAAUUUCAUUUCUGCAUUUUGAUGAUUAUUAGUGCAUGAGAAUCAUAAAUUAAUGAGACUAACAAGAGCAUUACUAUUAUGAGGUUAGUAUCAUUCAUUCCUUUAAUUCAUCCAUAGUCUCACCUUCUCUCCCUCCGCCAGCUCAAAGGACGAAGGAAGAGCAUCAAACUAUUCUUGGUUUAUAUAUACACUAUCGCUCCUGGAAGUACACCUGCUCAAAAUAUUAUUUUCCAUGGAUAAAAAUAUUCCAACUUCUAUCCAUUAAAUGUAGAAUGGUUUGCACCUUGAGGUUGCUCUGAGGUUGUAAACAUCCCUGUCUUGUCUUUGAAAUACCACCCACCUUUUCCCUUUUUCUUCCAACCUCCACCACUGUCUGUCUUUCCAUCCAACCCUUGACGCAUGAACCAUUACUAGACUGAAAACAUUGUGGUGGUCAGUCUCUCUGUCAAUAGCAUGUUGGCACAUCACUUCUGCUCUAGCUCCUACAAAAUAAGAGCCCCCCACUGAAUAAUCACACAGAUCUUACUCUUGCAAUUAAUCAAAACACACAAUCCACCAUGGUAUGGUGUCAGCUUUGCGAUUGACCCUCAGCAUUGUUUAAAAAAACUUGCAUAACAUUGAAUGAGAACUUAGUUGCUUAACUUUAUGCAACAUAAAAUUGAUCAUAAUACUUCUUCCAAAGCACUCUUCUGCACUAAGACUUAAGCUAAUAUCAAAAUCACACUGAUAAUUUUAUGUAAUAGAUUUGCUUACUGGAAUCAUGAGUCCCACUUAAAGUUCAUGUCCUUUUUUAAAAUUCUUUAUUUAGAGGAUUUUCAGAAUACUUUCCAGAGAAUCAGCUGUGCAGUUACAGAAAACAGAAAGGAUCUGUGAUGAACUGUAAUAAAAGAGAGCUUUUUUUAACCAUCGACUAACUAAAGAUGCUUCUUCCACUAAUCAAAUCACAAACUGAUUUUUCCUGCUGAUAUGCUGGAGAUCCCCAGCAUAGCAGAGUCUACUGCAUAACAACUCUUUGAUUUGGUUCGAGGCAGCAGACACUCAAAAUGAUGAAAAUUUAUCUUGAGUUAGAUAAUAUUAAUAUGUAUAAUUUUAUGCUUUUUUUCAUGCUUCACAAGUGCAUUCUGAAAGAGGAAUGAAGACGUACUUUGACAUGUUGGGAGAAAGUUGAGUGAGCUGUCCAAACUUCAGUGCCAAGAUAUAACAGGGAAAUAUAUAACAUACAACAAAUGACUCGGCAUAAAGGACAUACGUAUGGUUAUACCGUAAUCUACAUGCACACUCACAAGGACGGAACCAUACAGUGUUAGGACGUCCAGUCACUUAAUCCUUAGGCAAGAAAGCUGUGAGUUAAAUUAUGUUUAUGCAUUAUUAAAAUAGAUAAAUUAACAUCAUCAGCUUUAUCCUUUUACUAGGAUUGCAAAGAGGUGGAAUAUUUCCGGUAAAUUUCCAGAAACUUUCCAUGGGAAGUUAAGCUGAGUAAUUUGGGAAAUAUUCCAAAUUGAAAACUUUCCCUUGGAAACUGGGAAUUAUGAGAAUUUUUGAGAAUUAUGAGGAAUAUAUGGAUAUCAACUGGCAACUUGGGGUAAUUUAAACAAACUGUAUCAUAGCCAAACAUAAAUGUAAAUAUUUUUCCUUCAACAUUAGCUUGUGUGAAAUGCGUCCACACGUUAGAACGUGAACGUGGCAUUUUUCUGUUGAAUAAAAUAACAAAAAAAGCUUGUAAAAACACAAAUGUAAUGGCAUGAACAGACAUAUAGUUGGCUAAACAACUGCAGUGGUCUUCAAAAUAUUUGACAAUAAAUUAUUGUAUGGUUAGAGAAAAAGUUCCCUGUUGAGGGCCAACCUUCAAUUUUGUAAAUUUCAGAUUUAUUCCUGUUAAUUCCCAUUAAUUCCCAUAUAUUCCUGGUAAUUCCCAUGGAAAGUUUCCAACUUGGAAAAUUCAUGCAAAGACAUCUGCAACCCUUUUCUUUACAGGAUCAUUUUCAAGAUUUUUUGUUAAUAACCUGACAGUUUCUUUUAGAUGGUUAAAUGUCUGUACAGCCUUAGUAGCCUGAUGGUUAGGGGGUUUGCCACAUGGUCACUUGGACACAACCGUUCAGCUCCAGAUGGUAACCUUCCUUGCAUGUCAUCCCUCACGCUCUCUUCCUGUUUCCUGUCUGCCUUUCAUAUGUCCCUGUCUAAUGAUUGAGAAAAAUGUCCAAAUUUGCCUUGAUAGUUUUAAAGCCCUAGUACUGACAAAUCCAUCAUUCGUAGUUCCAUGAAUCUCACUGUGAUUUACAAAUUCUCAUUUUUAUUGUCAGUCAAGGUAACAUAAACCAAUCUGGCCCUUUUGUUUAUAAGCAGAAAAUGGUGCAAAGACUGUCAAGGACUGACACUCAUCUGAGAUUUGAGAGUCAGCUGCUGAGGAUUGACAAACCAGCUAACAACCAAAACAACACAGUAAAAGUUGAUUCCCGUGUGUCCGAGUGCCCUUGAACACACCAGCAGUGUUGGUUGUUAGAUCAGCCUUUGCUUGCAGCUGUUUUUCCACAUGCUGAUGAUGUAACUCUGACAAAAUAAUUGAUUAGUUAUCUCAUAUACCCGGAAGAGCAUUUUUAUACCAGCGUGAAAUGAAACCAGCAGCUUCCUGGAAGGUCGAAAAUCAAUCCCUCAUCUGAUACUGCCUGUAUGAUCAGAUCUGCAGUGACCCAGACUGCUGCAUGUGUGAUUUGAGAUUGUAUAUCUGGAUCUCUUUAAGCUGAACUUACCCUCCUCUGUUCUUCCCGUCAUCCUAAUCACCACACACUCCUCUCCUCCUCUGUGCACAUUCACUCACCUGAUAGGGCCAUAAAACAGGUUGUAAAUGUCUUCCUAGUCUGGCUGAUUGCUGCCAACAAAGGCGACCUGUGUUGAAUUCUCCAUGCUUGCUCCCCCGGGUGCCCUCAUGUCCCCCCACCCACAGCCUCUCUCUUUAUGUUGUUGUUAAUGUCUCUCACCUAGUUUCUUUCCUUAUGUAUAUUAUUGUUCCAGGAUAAAUUUAAACCAGAUUUAACCAAACCUUAACUUCACGGUGGGCUCGACACAGACUUAAGGUCCGAUGGACAUCAGGAAACUCUUCCUUUUUCUAUUCACCCUUGCUCUGUCAUCCACUACCAGAUUUAGCCUGACAGAGAUUACCUCCACGGCCGGUUGAACACUCAUUUAAGGCAUUUCUAGAGUGUUGCUUGUUCUGUCUGCAGCUUUUCUGCUCUGGAUUGCAUACUAUUUAUAGUUGCCCAUUCAGAAAGCCCCUCUGCCACAAGUGUGUUUUUGCUUAGCCUGAGUUAGCAUGUGGUAUUACAACGGUAAUAGGACACAUGCUGCUGUCAGUGGAAAAACCUUUGUGUUAUGAUUUAUAUUGAGUGCAGAUUUAUCCAUGCUUGAGCAUCACCCUGGCACCCUAAAUCUCAGCUCUUAUAUUGCCGCUCAUAAAAUGCUGACUUAUGAAACAACGCAGGAGGAGCAGCUUUCUCUCCACCGUCUAUAAACCCUCAUCUCUGAUUUAUUACAUUAAAAGGAUACUGACAUAUCACUGGUAGUUUUUCUUUUUAUCCCUCAUGUUUCCAUAAGAAUCUCUGUUCCGCCAUGCAGAAUGUGCUGCAGAUAUUUCACCACUAGAUGGCAGUGUUAUGCUAUUCGCCUCUUUUAAAUAGUAGUUGAGACAGCACGCUAUGAGUUGCUUUUUUCAUGGGGAUUUAUAGAAACAUCUACUGAAGAUUUACAGUAGGAUUGUAGUUCAUAGCAGCAGUUUCCAUUCUGGUGGUUUGUAUUAUAAAUCUAGAGGAGCAGUAAGGAGAUUAAGCUGUGGGAAAGAUGGAUACAAAUGUAUUUCUACUACAGAGGAUUGUGUCGACUUUACUGUUCCUGUCAAAUGGUUUAACCUCAUACAGGCAUGAAGAGAUUAUGAAAAAUAAAAAAACUAAUAAAUAAAUAAAUGAACAGAAAAAUUGAUCCUUGAUCCAAGCGUUAGCAUUGAUAACAGCUCACUUGUGGACUUUACAUUGAUCUUAGUUAGAAGUGGUCACAGUCUUUCCUUAGUAUCCAGUUUUUACCAUUAUUAUUGGUGCUGUUACCAAAACCUGUCAGGCUGUAGGCCCAAAAUUCUGGUUCAGGUUGAGGUUUCUGCCUGUUGAAGGGGAGUUUCUCAUGCAACUGCUAGGCAGAGUAAUGAUGGGUCUGUCUGUAAAGCACAUAAAGUUGAUGUUUGUACAAAAUGCGACAUAGAAAUAGAAUUGGAUCAGAUGUUCCUGAAAAUCUUUAAAAAUAGAGCUGAUUUUUUUUUGCAAGUCUGUAAGUGUGUGCAUGUGUGUCUGCUCCUACCUCUCUUAUCACCCUCUUUGCCAGCUUAGAGCCUCACUAUCUCCUCACUCCCAGACAGAUCCGUCUGAGCCGUGCUCUCAUUUUGUGUGACAUCGGGGUGCUUCGCACUGAAGGUCACCCUGGCAACAGCAGGCAGACUCUCCUCUGUGCCUCCCCUCUCUCCUCCCGUUAUAGCCUGCACCACUGCACAUUGGCCAUUUGUCAUGUUAUACUGCUCUGCCUCUGUGAAACAAGAUAGCUGCAUUUAUGGGAGCAAGAUCUCUUGACUCUGACUUGGAGCUCGGAUAGCCGCAGAGAAAACAACACAGCCUCAUGACUUUCCCCUUUGACAGAGGCUCAUGUCAAGAUGAUUAAUUUGAAGACUUGAACUUUCCCAAAGUUUCUAUGGCCGCUGCACUCUCUUGCCUUGCCUAGAAUGCCUUGCAGCAGCCCCAGCUCUCAUCACAGGACAGUCAUAACACCCUGUGCCUAAUGAGGAGAUGAGAGCUACAUCCACACAGAUGGAUCCUGUUCCUGUGGUCCGUUGUGGAUUAUCUUCCUCAAACAGUCAUUCCCGGCUCCCAGCUUUUUUUUCUUUCUCUUCACGUCAAGGCUCUAAUCCACUAACAAGCACUUCAGAAGAUUUACAUCGAUCCUGAAAGGUCAGAAUGUAAUAAAACAACUAACUGCCUGAGGCCGCUUGGCAUCUGUGUUUAAAUGCAUGCAUGUGUGUGUGUGCAUGCGAGCGUGUCAGCUGAGCCCAUAAAAAGCUCUCUCUCUGUCUGUGUCUGCUUCCUCACAUGCCCAGAGCUAAAAUUUCUCCUCCAAAAUCAUCAUUGAAUGAAAUAUGGAGCUCAUGUUGUGUGUGGUGUUGCGCCGCUAUCAAUCAAACAUGCAGCUCUACGAGGCUGAAUGAUGAGUCUCAUUAAGCGAGGACACACACACACAGACACACACGCACGCACGGUCCUUCUGCAGCAUGACUCGGCUGCUGUGUCUGUUUGUAUUCACAGAUGAUAAACAAAAACAAAACAGCCAGACGCACGUCAUCCUCUAAUCUAUUUGACAGCCGGGAGAGUUUCCAGCAAUACACUUAAAGGUAAAUCACUCAUAACCGCAAACAAGCUUCCAGCUUUUAACAAUAAGUAGCUGGUGGGCUUUCUCCUCCAGGCAACACUCGGUGAUGGAUUGCAUCGUGGUUUUAUCUUAUAGAAGAAAUAUGAUCAGAGAAGGUCGUCUCGAUUUGACUCUCCAGCAGUCUCAGGCAGAACAAAUCCUCAACUGGAAACUUCACUCUUUCUGUUUUUCUCCUUGUGAUGGUCUGUUUUCACUUUUGGAAUUUCCCCCCAUGCGACUAUUAAAAGUAACAUCUUAUCUUAUCUUUUUUUCUUACUGAUACUGAUUCUAAUUAAAGUCCCUCCUGAUAACAGUUGGCUACUGGCUAAAAGUAGAUGGAGUACCAUCGCUGUCAAAAGUCUGUGUAACUUUAACACUCAAAUAAAUGCUUUGUACCCCAUAAAAUGGUUUUGUAUAGACGAGUUAGUGAAUUAUGAGAGUUUUUAUGGGGGUAUAAAUCUUAACACUAUGUCUUCAAGCAGUCAAAAAUACAAAUCGGAUUUCUACACAUAAGAACUGGAGUCCUUGGGUGCGAUAAAAGCGUUCAAAUGGCGUCACGGGGGUCACAGACAGGUCAUAAGGAGACUUAAUCAAGCUUUGACCUAGUUGACUGAUGUUAUAACUUGUGUGUGUUUAAAUAUAUAUAUAUUAUUAUGAAGUGUUAUCAAAAUAAUACUGGAAAUGUUGAUAAAAUACCACUUUAUUUAGCCAUGAUUGUGCUCAUAUGAUCAGCGGAUUCGGGGCUCGAUUAAGUCUCCCUACGACCUGCCUGUGACCCUCGAUGAUGUCAUUUGAACCCUUUUUGCUGUGAUACUGUUUGGAAAAGUAUGUUGCUGUGUUUUCUAUUAUUCCCUUCUAUUUUAAUGAGGCUAUGGUUAAUACAGUCAGGCUCCUGAACAAUAAGUAAGUUUUUUUUUUUAAUUAAUUUUCCCGCAGAGGACUAAAUCCUGCAGGUAAACACACAGACGGCUCUCUAUUGUUAUUUCAGUGAAGUGCUGAUCAUUUUUCAUGUAGCUCUUUUGGGUGUGCUAUACAUGCCAGGGUGCGAUCCAUCAUGUCAUAGCCUUGCUGGUUUCUAAUGCCCUCGUGUGUUCCCUGCAAGGAACACACACACACACACACACACUCAAACACAUGCAGAUCUCCCCCAUCCGUCAUCUUAUGGCUCCCAAACUCCCUCUUAAUCAUGACACAACACAUAUACGCUCAGGUUAUAGUUUUUCCUGCUCUGUAUGAAAGCAGAAAUCCAAAAAAAGGAGAAAUGUGGAGGUGAAAGGAUUGUGUGUCUGUGCUGGUAAAGAUGCAUAUGAGGUUAGCCUCUUGCUUUAUUUCUUUGACCACAUGUAUCUUCUAUUACCAUCUCAUCCGGUGCCAACUUUUCCUCAUUUGAACUAUUUAUUUUUCCUCUCUGUUUCUCUUUCUCUAUCUCUGAUGCACAGUAAUCUCUACUGAGCCGUGUGUAAUCACAGGCCAUCUGGGCGCUGUAGGGAGAGAUGAGCCUGCAGCUCAUCAGAUGACUGAACCCACUGUGGGUGGACACACACUCACACACACACACACCCAUAUACUGUAUAUUUACAGUCACACCUUUAAUAGUAACAAACCAUCACGGGGAUUAGCACUAUCAUCACACCUUUCAGGAGCAAACUCAAGGACAUAAACACGAUCCAAACAGAGAACCAGAUCGUAAAAAGAGAGAAAUACACUGUGACACAUUUGGAAACAAAUCACACUUCAUCCAACACCGGCUUAUGAUGUUCUUCAUGCUGCUCUUUGAAGGUGUUCAAGCACAAAAACAUUGUGUGAAAUACGAAAACAUCCAAAACAAGUAAACAGAAUAUGCGAGGUUAAUCGAUUAUGCAUCUUCCAGGAAGUCUUUGCCUUACACAGAAAUGUAACCUGACCCCAUUGCAGGGAUAAAAUCCAAAUAACAUGUCCACUGAAUUUAUUGUCGGCUGUUUUAAUAUUGCUUUGCUGUUUCCUGGACUCCUGCUCACUUGCACUGUCAGGGAGAGAUCAUAGAGAUAUUUACUGAAACGCUGACCGCAGGUUUAGUUGACUUUUCCCCUCUGGUCUGAUAGAUACAGCAAUGUAAAAAACAGAUGAAACAAUGUUUGAGGGAUGUUUGAGAGCCUUAUAAACUGCAUGUGUAAUAUUUUGAUGCUAAGAACAUGAAGAAAAAAACACUUAAUUGAACCAAAGAAGGAGUUUAAGCUGAUAAAAAACAGCAGCGUCUAUGUAGUUUAUGUCAAUAAAUGUCUUGUUUGUAAUGUUAGACAUAUAAGGAACAAAUUAUCUGAUAAUAGCAUCCAAAUCAACUGCUUUUUGCAGCUAUAUUGACUAGAUAUCUUUUGAUAUAUCACUGUGAAGGUGACCAAGUUCCAUGAGGGUCAAUCUUCUGCUUAAGUUUAUGUGAUUUAAAGUCUGACAAAGUGAUUAAUUUCUAUGAUAACCAAAUGAUAAUUAAUCAAUAAUAUUGAUAAAAGAAAUUAGGGCUGGUACGAUAUGCUUUUCUCCCGAUUCGAGUCUUCUACAAUUUUUUGGAUGCCGAUUCGAUUCUAGGAUAUUGUUGAUUUUCUCGCUUUUUAGUCUGCAUUUUUUAACACCAGUGAAACAGUUGAAUGAUUAUGAUUGUCUACUGACUAUUCCAGAAACCAUAUUUCCCCCAAAAAUACGCAUCAAAUAAAAGUCAGUUUGUAAGAUUUUUUCUUAAAAUUUGAAGAAAAAAAAACAUUAAAAAAAAAAGAUUUAAAAAUUAUAAAACAAAAAAUCUCGAUACUUCCUCCCACCCCUGAUAAAAAUGCUUUUUCACUCAUUCUGCCACAAACAGGCCCACUCUUCGGAUUGUUUUUCUCAGCCCCCUUACUUUGAUUUGCCUUAUAGGUGCUAAGCGUCUUAUCCCCAAGAGCAAAUCUUUUCUCUUGUUAUUUAUGCUUUGCACCCACCCUCUCCCCUGCGACAGGCCCCUUUGCCCUCAGACUGCAUGGGACUUUUGUGGAAAUACAACAUCCAAAUCAAACCAGUAGCAGCUGGCACUUCUCUAGUCAAGUAGGAGAGCAGAUCUAGAGCAUCACUUCUCUAUUGGUUGUGUGUGUGUGUGGGGGUAACACAGAUACAUGGAUUAUGCUCAGCUCCAGCCUCUUUGUAAUUCAGAUAAGACCCUUCUACUCCAGCAGAUAGGUUUAAAUAUUAAUAAUGAAUUAAAGAUUCCCCUCUGGGUGAAAUAUUAAUGACUCCCUCUUUAAAAAGAGGCUUUGACUCUGAGAUGGGAAGGACGUUAGUGUGCUUGUUAGGGUAAUUUAAGACGUCUCUUUGAUUUUUUUUAGCAGACAAUGUUUGAGGAGUUCAGUUAAAGGUGGAUGUCUGAGUCAGUAUUCCAGGGUGGAUAUUUGGGAACAGCCAUUAACGACGCUUUUUUUAUUCAUGAACGGAGAAGUCAAACUAAUUAUGUUUGACUCAUGAGAUCACCUGUCUUCAUUCAUAACCGUAAUCUCACCUUAUUUCCGUCUGAAAGCUCUAAUUGAUCCCUCUAUUGAAUCUCCAAGAGUGCAACUCCCGGAGGAGAAAGCUGAUCUGUGAGCCCAGUGAGUCAACAUUAAUGUGUGUCAGUAACAGUGGAAAAAUACAGCUGUGUGUAGGGCGUCCUUCUCUGACCUCUGAGUGCUUAGGUUAGUGUCGAUGUUGUGUCUGGAUGGUACUCUGAGACCUUCAAAAACGUCCAUUUUCCCAGCUUAUACUUGUGCAUAUCUUCUUAGUGUGUGAUCCUGAGUGCUUGCUAGGAGGUAGAUUUAUUCAUCUGCAUGCCUUGUGUUGUCUUUCUGUGUGCAGCGCAGGCUUUUUUGGUAAAAUCCUGGAGUCCGGUCAACAUGCUGUGGAAUGUGAAUUGUUUCCAUGACAACAGCCCAGUGUCCUUCUUCCUGCUUUCAUCCUCGGGGUGCUAACGGAGGCAGCCAAAAACCGAAGUGUGCCAUGGCAUCACAAGCUCGCUGAUUGAUCUAAAUGAGACUUAUUCAUCAAUGCAGACAUCUGUAGCGAGUCCCCUCUGAUCCUAACUGGGCUAAGUCCUCGGUGUACUGGACUAGAUGAACAAAUGUAGCCUGUUUGUGUGUUUGUGCGGAUCAAAUUGAAAAGCGUUCUUUGAUAGCAACAGAAAGGGCAGAUGCUCAAACAGCACUGAUGCCAUGUUUGCAUAUCAGAAACAACAUUUGCAGAGUCAUAUGCUUCAUUUCUGUGUAGUAUAAACCUUGGAUAGUAAAGAUAAACACAAGAAACAUAAGGACUCUAUAUAUUUGUUUUACCCAUUAACUGUAAGAAAGAUGGUUGCUGCAUCUUUACAUCCUCUCAUUGUAGAAAACCAAAACCAAAAUGCACUCUGCUGUGGGUACUGAUGUCGUAUUUUAGUAGCAAUGUAUUUUUAGAGCCACAGUCUUUGCAGAGGACAUUAGGUAGAGGGGCUACAGUAUUAACGCCACAGCCUUGACACAUAUUGAAUCACCAGCAAAACGAUUCUUGUGUCUGUUUGACGCAAAAAUUCAAGUUUAGAGUUCAGUGACUCCAGCGUAAGUAUUGUGUUUUUUAAAUUGAUAUUCCUCCUUAAGUUUGCUAUCUGGUGCACAGAUUGCUGCUGGAGAGACAUUCAUCAUCAGAGUUGUCAAUCUUGACAUUAUAACCCCUUUUUAUAAACUACUUCUUAAAACUAAACUUGGAAUAAAACCUGAUCAUAAAUAAACACAAAAACUUAUCAUGUUUGAGGAAAGUUUGGCUCAUAUUUGCAUAUUAAAGUUUGGUGCAUGCCUAAUUUUUUAACAUGCAUAAGGUACACUUUAUAACCUUUACUGUAGACCAUGAGCUGACCUUAAAUUCUGUGAAGAGGAACCAGUUUUUUCAGGCAGUGACUGGUAUUUUCCAUCUUCAUGAGACGGUGCGAGUUACACGUGGAUUAAAGGGUGUGUUUUUUUUGUGUGGGCGUGUGUGUGGUUGGUGAUCCCAUCGGGCAGAUGUGUGACAGAUGCCUGCUUAAGGUCAGUAGUGCCAGGAAGAUUUAGACUAGUGUGACUGAGACUGAAAAUAAUCACACAAAGUUUGUCGGUAGUAGACAGAUGGACGGAGAUCCUUGUUGUAAUUAGAGAGAGUGAUCAAGGAUGACAGAGGGGCAGAGGGACUGUGCCAGUGUGGGUCUUUUUCCUCAUCUUAAUCAGCGAUCGUAUCUCCUUCUCUGUGGGCUCAUUCCAGACUACAACGUGGAAAUCUAGCUCUCUUUUGAAGCUGAUUUUGAGCAUAUAAGCUUUGCCCUUUUAGCUCAGAGGAGGCAGAAAAGAUGGCGAGAGGUUCGACAUUCCUCUCUGACAGAGCUCACAUUCCUCUCUAUAGUGUGAAGAGGGGGCAUGAGCACCAUGCCUCAUUAGAUAACCCACAAAGGCGAGGUUAUUUUCCUUUCCUGAAAUUGCUUUUACUCGUUUUCCUCUUUUUGGAUGCCCUGCGGGGUUGCUGCUGCUGCUCUGACUCUCUACCUCGUCUUCCUCCAUGUAAGAAUAUUUCCCCUCAGCAGGUCUGAUGGCUUGAGCAGCCGGCUUUAUUGCCAGGAGAGCGUCACCUGUUUCCUCACAGCCAGUCUGAUGCAUAAUUCACUGUCUUGACAAUUUCAAUGGAGUCAGCAAGAGGUGGCCGAGAAAACCACGCUGUAGGUUGACACACUGUACUUAGUUUUAUUGUCCAGCAUAAAGGAUCAGUCGGGACUCGUUUUGAACCUGGACCCAACUCCCCUCGAAAUUUAAAGCUCUUGCGUUUCCUGAAUCUAAAUUGAAAGUCAGCCACCCAUCCCCCCCUUUUGCAUUCCCUCUCUCUUCCACUCCUUUCCUCACACCCUGCUUUAAAGCCUUGUUUCCUUUAGGAUCCGAGGAUAUUCCUGCAGUGUUUCUAUGGUUAUCAGCGGCAUUCGUUUGUGGGUUUAGAGCCGGUGUCGGGCAAUGUCACCAUGUCUUUCAGAUUCAUGUCAGUCCGGCUAUAGAGCAGAAAAAGGGGAGACAGAGAGAGAUAUGAAGAGAAAAGGGGGGGGUCGUAAUUAUAUGUGCAUAUGAAGAGGGUUGGAACAGCUUGGGCGCGUCAUCCUGGCUGCCUUUGUGAUCCACACGUCUGUGGGGGGGAAGUGGCACAGAGACACGGAUGUACUCCACAGAGAUUUGUAGUAAAGUGGCUCCCCGGGGGGUACAUAUAUUUAUAUUUUACACUUGAGUAAUGCAAAUUAGUUUUAGACGCAUCUGAAGGUGAAAUAAUCAAUGGAUGGGUAAUCGACAAUGAAUAUUUACAAAUCAAAACAAAGGUGCCAUUUUUGGUCAUUUAUUUGGUCAUUUUAAGUCCAUCAGACCUGCAACCGGUGGCUGAAAACAAAAACAUGAUCACCAUAAAAGGGCUGAAUGUUACUAUUAGAUAUUUGGUGUCAGAGUCAGUUUCAAACUUAUUUUCAUGUCCUUUCAAAUGCACCAUCAUAACUAUCAAAACAUCAUAAUUCUCAGCUAUUCAAAGCAAGACAUGGAGUUUAGAAGAGAAAUACUUGAAAUCAACUAAAAGUGGCAGCAAAAAAUCUUGAAUAAAGAUUGUUUGAGGAAUUUUAAAAGAAAAUAAAAAGCCCCAAAAGAAACAUGUAUUUGAAUAAGUGGAAAAUGACUAUUCUGCACGACCUCUCAAAUUAAUACUUGAGGAAUUUCCCUCCGGUCCUCCCUCUGUACUUCACUUGUAUCCUCACACUCACACACAGACAGGAGCAACAACUGAGCAGGCACACUCACUGAUACUUACACACACUUCCCCCAUCCUUCAUUCAGCCUCUUCUCUUCCUCCACUCUCUCACUUAACUCUCCCCUCCCUCUCCAUCUCCCCAUUUUUUCCUCCCUCCUCCCUCCCACAGCCCGUCAUUAGUUUCCAUGGUGACAGUUGGGCGGCAUUAUUGCCGGCUGAGAACUGUUCCUGGGUUCCUUUCAGAGCAGUGGCGGCGGAGGCAUUGUUUAGUCGGCUGCUCUGAAUUGUGCGGGGAUCAGGACGGGGAGCAAGAGAAAGAGAGAGACAGAGAGAGAGAGAGAGACGGCGAGGAGGAGCUCUUUUUUUGGGGCAGGGAGGGUGCGUUUGUAGAGGGUGAGGGGAGGGGAAAGAGGAGGAGGAGGAGGAGAGAGAGGGAAGCAGCGUGGUUAGAGGGAGUCGAUGAGGGAAGCAGGAGUAGUAGCAGUGCAGACACAUGCCGACUCGCUGAGAGUGAGAAAAAACAUGGACUAGAUCGGGCUGUGCUUUUUAUUUCAAAUUUUUGUGUCACACAGCGAGGAACUAAGAAUUCGCAGAGGCAGAGAUUCAAAUCGUGAAAGGCAGAUGGCAAACUGAGCUGAGCUGGUGAGUUAUCAAUUCUGCUACAAGCAUCAUAAAUCAUAAAUGUGAAUGCAUAUGUCCGUACCACUCAAAAUGGGAACACUGCAGCCGUGUGUAAAAACACGCUUUGUUUUUAAUUCUCGUGUAUAUCAGCGCGUUCACGAGUGUGUGUAGCAGGUGCUGUUGACUUAGAAAAUGCAUGUGUUUUCCUCUAAAGCAAACCUCUGUCUGGGUUAUGUUUGGGUGUGUGUGUGUGUGUGAGCUCGCAGCUGUCUGCUGAAUGUGGGCUAAUUCUCGAUGCCCUCUGAAAUAUACAUGCCAGUCUGCAUGUUUUAUUAAGGAUGUUCAUCGGGGGCAAUUUUCUGCUGCUUGGCUUCUCCGAUUCCCUGUGGUGUUUAUCAGAGGAUGUCCAAAGGGGUACGGCAAACGUCUGCUUCGGUUCGAGUUUGUUUGGAUAUUCCCCUCUUUCAUCUACACUACACUUGGUAAUUAGGAGCGAGCGCUGAGCCCUGUGGCUCCUUGAAGAACUGAUGUGUGUGGUGAGUAACAGAGUGAGCGGCGAACAGUGCCAAUGUUUUCAGUUCAUCGCUCCUGUGCUGUUCCUCAGAUAAAAACAGCACUCAGACUGUAUUACUCUGACUGUUUUACAACUUUAAAUCAAUAUGCGCUCACUGAAAGAGCAGCUGGAGUGUGACUGAACAUGAGUGGCACAUUGAUGAGCGCCACAAGCUCAAUGAUGUCACUCCAUGACGAAAUCAAAGAUGAGUUGAAGCUUAACAGACUUUAAAACCUCUACUUUUCCGCUUAAUGGUUUACAAAGCGCUGGUAUGUCACUGUUUGUAUUCCGUCUCUUAGGAUUUUUUGGCACACUAUAAUUUAGCUGACUGGGGAGUUGUCUUAAGGAGCGGGGAGUCUGAGUGUUUCCAUGACGACCCACGGCAGCUGUGUGAGCUGAGCUGAAUCUGAGUGUGUGUCAGACACUGUGGCAUCGCCCUAGAGACUGCGAGACUCGGUCUAAUCAACGACCUCUUGACCCAGAUCAAUGCGAUGAUGCUGAGCCAAGCAGCCAUGGGGUCCGCUUGACAUAUAUUCUGUAGUAUGACGCCUAAGUGGUGCAGCUGCACAGCUGCUUACAUUUCCUGGAUCAUCGCAGGCUUCACUGGCGUCAGAGCGGUCUGAUCCUCUUAGAUUGGUGGGAGUAUUAGUGUAGAAACAGGCUUCUCAAAUAUCCACGUAAUCAUGACCAUUAGAUGGAUUUAUUUUAAGUGUAAUUAAAGUGUGACCUCUGAAUCAUCAAGCCUUUGCUGGUACUGGAUGUCUAAUCUUGCUGUCCUUGAAGCAGGGUAAUUUUACAAAGACAUAGGACAGACAAAGUCAAAGAGAAAACACUUUGUAAGAAAUGGAACAACUUGCCAGGAAUCAAAUCAGUAAACACUAAAUGGCAGCCCUGAAUCCAAAGUUAAAAACAAAACAAAAUGGAUUAUAAACCUAAAAAAAGAAAUCUUCCUGAUCAUGAUCUACCAGUAAACACUAAAAUCUUGUUCUGACUUUAAAGCUGCCAUGUUAAAACUGCCUAUGCUCAAGGCUAGCACACAAAGACUCCCUCUGUAAGCCUGUGUGAAGGGCGAAAAAGCUACAGCCCCUUGGCUAUGGAAAAAGUAAUGAGUCAUGUUUCACCCAUUUCUUUUUUUUCCGGAGUCUGGACAGGUUUACUUUUGGUGGAAGCCAAAGGAAAGGAUGUCUUAAAGCCACUGUGCCCACAAGUAUUUAAUACAGGGGUGGGUCUGUAACUGUGAGGGCAGCAAAUCUGUGGGAGUCGUUAGUUUAACAUUAGACGCUUCUUUUAAAACAAGAGUCUUAUGCUCUGUAACCAGUGUGUGUUUUUUUAUUGUAUUUCUACUUCAUGUGCUUAUAUCCUCAUUAAAGUCUUGCAUGUGGGGAUUUUUUUCAUUCCUCGGUUAAAUCAGGAGGAAGGAAGUGAGCUAUGUCGGUCAGAGACGAUGGAGAACUUGCGGUGACACUGACCAAAUAACACACACGAACAGUAAAACACACACGUGCAGAUACCGUGUUUAACAGUCACCCCAAUUAGCUCUCUCCAGCGACGGGGUAAUUAUACCCACAACUUCCUCUCCACUCAAGGCACCAGGGGUCUUCCUCCACUUUAAGCUGGCGAUUGCAUUUUUCCUUUUGCAUUGGCGUCAUAAUUAAAAGGAUGAGCAGAAAUUGAAAUGUCAAGUGAUAAGACGGAGAUGGAUGAGCACACACAGCUGCAGGCGGAGGGGAUAGAGUGUUUUUUUGUUUCUUAUCUCACAGGGGUCUUGACAGAGCACAUCCCGACUGACGUUACACUUUCAGCCUGAACUUUUGCUGGCAUUCUUCAGGUCGGACAAUUAGAGGACAUAAGUGUUUUGUUUUCUGCUAUCGCGUGUGUCUUUGCGUGCCCGAGUUGCGUGCGUGUGUCCUUUAACUUCCCCAUUGGCUCUGUGCAAGCAGUCGGAAAGUGUUAAGAGCUCUCUUGUCUCCAGUGAAGCAUGCGUGUCGUCUUUGUAUGAGAUUUUUGGCAUAAGACAGGAGGAGUCGAAAAACAGCACGCAAACACACAUUCAGAAACAACACUUUCCCUCCCGGCGAAUUCAAGGUGGAGUUAUACCUUGCAUCCUUUUCACUGGACCUCCUCCAGCCACUAAUAGUUGUCGUCUCCUGCUUUACAGCUGCUGCUCACUUCAAAGCUUACAAGAUUUCAGUGUGAAGGCUGGGAGUGUCUUUGUACUUGUGUCCUACUGCUCCAAAGAGAGUGAGGGAUAGGUCCCACAAGCCAGUAACAAGAUAUGUAGUGAAUUUCUGCUGGAGGAUAUAGAACAAGCACAUGUGUAUGAGUUUGUUUGCAUGUAUUUGUGCAUGUGAGCGUUGAAGCUGUUGCUAAGAGUUAUGUUUUCCUUCAGGGAUGUUGGACUGGAUAAUCCUUUCCUGCCAUGUUCACUUCAGGGGUAAACUUUCAUGUCUGCUUGUAAAGUUGAAAGUCAGUACCUGUGUACACAUGGAGCUGCUUUCAGUGACUGGGAAGCUACCAUAAAUGGUAAAUUUCAGAACAGUAAGCUGGUCUUAGUGAUCUUUCAGUUUUGCACUUCAUGAUGCUUGACUGGUUUUUCUCAGGAAGAGAAAUAGCGGAAAGGUGAAACAGUGAAAAGGGAGAGAUAUUUUCUCACUCCUCCGACUGGGGAUUAGCAGCUCUCUAAAAAUAUAUGUACACACAGCAUAUUUUUCGCCUCAGCUAUGUAUAGAAACAUUUUUUUACCCUGAGGCUUUUUCUGCACAUCCCUGGUGGAUCCUUGACCAAGUAGCGGCAAUAACAACAGACAUGUAAUUGGGCCCGCUUCCAUUAUUCCCCGCCUCGCCCUUCAGACCCCUUGAGAGACAAGCUGUUGCAGGUAACAGGUGAUAGAUGACAGGUGGGCAGAGCUGCAGGCAACAGUAGGUCUCUGCUCAUUCUAUAGAAACUCAACCAGGGCUGUGAUUUAGCCACCAGGCAUGUGAAAAAUGAUAUGUUUUUAUAUCGUAUGGCUGUUUUUUGUCAUUCACCUAUUAGAAAAUAAAGAUUAUAUUAUGAUGGGAUACAUUUUUUGUAUAAGAGAUAAGCUAUAUUUUACGUCUUCUACAGGGAGAGUGGAGCUUCAUUGACACAUUAAUUCUGAGAAAUUGGUUUAUUCUAAACAAUUAUGUGCUAAUUUGUUUAUAUCUUUUGACAGAGUAUUAGGGCCACAUUAAGAAAAAAAUGAAGACUUAUAGAUUAAAGUCGUUAAUUUACGAGAAUAAAGUCAUUAUUAAUGUAAAUAAAGUCAUAACUAAUGAAAAUUAAGUCAUUACUAAUGAGAAUAAAGUCGUUAUAAAAUCAUUAAGGGUAUGUUCACACUGCAGGUCAAUUCUGAUAUUUUAACCAUAUGUGACACGUAUCUGAUUUUUUCAUGUAAGUGUGAACAGUGCAAUUCUCAUUUUCUGAUUUUCUGAUUCUCAGUUCUCGUUCAUCCGACCUAUACGCCAUCAAUAUGUGACAAACGUCAUAAACAGGCGCGAAAAGCAAUUUGUGCUUUGUGCGUGUGCGGGUCACUUUACGGACGCAUUCCUUUCACAUUAGAUGCCGCAUUUGUUGUUGUAAUGUGAACAACCGCACAAAAAGAUCGGAUUUAACAAAAAAUCAGAAUUGUGCAUCAUCACCUGCAGUGUGAACGUAGCCUAUGAUACUCGUGAAGUAUAUUGAAAUACAUUUUCACGAAAUGCUCCAUUGCUCUGAUUUCAACAGCUGUCAUCCUAAACAGCAGGUUAGAAUAUAAGGACUUUAUUAACAAUUUAUUAUAAGUAAAUAUACUCACAAUUUGUGACGACUUUAUUCUUGGUAGUAAUGACUUCAUUCUUGUAAAUUAAUGACUUCAAUCUCGUGGUCUUAUUUUUUUUCCUUAAUGUGGCCCUCAUACUCUGUCAUAAUAUCUUACUUUAUGUCACUAUCAAUAACAGCCAGAAAAUGUAAGCCAAGUUUUAAAUUACUAACUGAGUGACAAGUAAGGGCAUUUAAUUCUUUGACCACCAGUAAAUAUAAAACUAAAUUUAAAAGUUGAUUAAGUAACUGUCCUUUGCAUCCCUUUGCAUUUUAACUCACACCAUAAAACACUAAACUAAAGACAUGAUAAAAGCCUCUGUUAUGGGUGCAUGAGAUGCAUUUGUGGGCUGCUGUGUUUGCAGAUUUAACCCCGAAAGAGAGCAUUUCGCUAAGUGUGAAUUCAUGUAGGUAAAGAAGGUCAAAGAUUUUUUCUAAGUGCUUCUGACACUGAUGUUGGCCAGUCCUCCUAUGUGGGUAUGCUAACAUGUGUCAGAGCACCACAGUAAGCUGCUGUAAGAGGAAAUUCUGCAGUCAUUAGAGAGGAAAUAGGAGCCUUUAUUAGUCUGUCUAGAGUACACCUGGCUUCUAUAAUGACCCCCUCCUUGUACAGUGAUGUGUGCAUGUGUAUGUGCGCGCUCGGUAUGUCUUGGCUUCUUGCUCUCCUGUCUCAGCUAACGGUGCCAUCCGCAAACCUCAGCUUGAAAAGGUUGCUGUGAUUUAUGCUUUCCAUUAAAGGUUCUUUCUGCAUAAAAUAUAAAUCAAGUCCUCUCCCUCUUUGGCAUUAAAAGGUAUCCUUGGUUUUUAGACCCGAGUGAUUCAGAGAAGAAACUGUAAACCAGUAGAUGCAUGUCAGACACUUUGGGCAUAAACUUUGACAGACUGUCAGGGGUUGCUUGCCUCAGAUGCUCCUUGCUGGAGAGCUCCCAUUGCUGACACUGCCAUUCAGAAGCUAAGUGACAUUUUGAAAACGAAUCCUACGUCAAAUAAGACUUGUCAGUGUUGAGUGCACAGUGACCUUUGAGUCUGUGUGUGGAUGUUGGUGUGAGUCCAGCCUGUAUCAGCACUGAGGAGCAGUGGCAGGAGAGAAGAGUCCCCCAGUUCCCCAACCUUUACUUUUCACCAACUCGGCCCUUCACACCCACACACCCUCUCUGCGCGAGACCAACCUGACUGGACUGAACUGGUCUGGAGUGAGCAGCACGUUGACCUGGAUGGGGGCUGGUCCCGCUGUGGGACCCUUUAACUGUCAGCAGCCUUAUAAAGACACUCCCCUCUGCACGUUGACAUCCAUCCUGCCUGGAACAGAUGCAGGGAGUGCGGUGGACACACUUCCAUCUCACCCAGUAUCACCAUGCAUUUCUGAGAAUGGAGGAAGCUUUAGGGGCCAUGAAGCAAAAAAAAAUAAAGAUAGUUUUAUAAUUUUAAAAGAGUUUUCAAAAUGGGAAUGAAUAAAAUUUCAGUACUUUUUACAAAAGUGUCAAAAACAAUCCCAUCUCCAACAAACAUGUGCAUUUAGACACUGGAAAAUAAGGAUCCAGUGGACCUACUCUGCAUGCACUACUUCCUUUUGUUGUUCCACUGGGAAAAAGCCAACCUUGGCUCCUCCAGAGGUGUAAUUCUGCGGCCAUGAGAGGUGUGAUUUGGUUGCCUGUGAAAUGUUCUCUCUGCAUGGCUUGCUUUUUUAUUUGGGAAAGGGAAUAAUUUGGCAGGCAGAGAUUUCUGGUAGCGACUGACUGUUUUUUCUGCAUCUCGACAUAAAACAUAAUGAUCACAGUGUAAUGGUUAGAGUGUUGACAUGAGGAAAGUGUGAAAGUAAUUUUGUGGUUUGUACUGCAGAAGGGCCUCCAUUAAGUUAAGUGGCUUAGCAAUGAAUGCAUAUGCCUUUCCAUAUGCUUAUAUACUAAAUGUAGGCUCUGAUGAACUCAGACUACAUAUUUGCAAAACAGAUUAAAAGAAGCUUUGGCAUGUAAUAUUAACCAUUUAUGGAGUGGCAUCAUCGGUGUAACUCUAUAAAUUGAAGCCCAACAUUCUGCACAGGUUGUGGUUUAUUCUGGUACGUUUUUUUCCGGUGUAUAAUAAAAAUAAAAUGUUGAUGUUUUCAAGCUCCAAAUGCAAGUUUAUUCAAGUGGCACCAUCCAGUGAUUUAAGAUGAAGCCAAUGCAGAAAUGCAAAACACUGAAGCUUGUAAAGUCUCCAAACCUCAUCCAUUAGAUAAGUUGUAAAAUGUCAAUGACUCACCAGGUUGCUGAAGUGUGUUGCUUUUUCUUGUCUACAUUCAUUUUGUCAGUAUCUCAGUAUUUGUCAAAAACAGCCCCACAGUGAUCCAUCAUAAAGGCAGAGAUGUUGCAAGAGCCGGACAAAAACUUCUCCUCUGUCUCUUUGAUUCAUGAUGAUUUCAUCUUUUCUUUUUAUGCAUUUCUGUUUGGUUUAUUUACGCUUGCGACUUUAUCACGUGGAGAGUUUUCUGCACACUUAUCGGCCAACCUCGCCGGUGUAGAAAGCAGAGAGAAAUAUGAAACAUACCAGUAUUCUGUUGGGAGCUGGUGAGGCACAUCAGAUGUAGCCUUUGUUGUUGUGGCACUAUGACAAAUUACGUAAGAUAAAACAAUCAAUUGUAGUCCGACCUCUGCAUGAGACUUUGUUCGUGCUUUCUACAGUUUGUGUUCCUGAUGUCAUCAUGAAACCAUCAUUUAUUUUUGGAGCUGUGCAAAAAUAGUUUGAGACUUGUUAGUGAUGGUGCUGUAGGUGCAAAGGCUGUAAAUAUGUUUGUAGCUCAAGCAUUUGUUAUUCUUGUAUCAGUAGCCAAUCUGAACAACUCCUAAUAAAUGUAGAGCGAGGUCUGCUCCUGCUUACAACAUCCCUUAGUGUCCAAGUCAUCAAUCAGCCAGCGAUCAUUCAGCCGUGCCUUCAACAGCUGGCUGGCCGGUUUUUAACUGGUCCUGUCCUCCACAGUAUGGAUGGUCUAAUCCAUCAGUCAAUAUAUGGUAAAGUAAUCAAUACAUUCACACCUCAGAGACCCUUUGUCAGGAUGGGGGGUGAACAGGCCUUGAUUCAGGAGAUUUAAUUUAGCUGCACUUCUCAUUGCAACGCAUUCCUCUCCGGAUAUGGAAUGAUUGAAAUUAGUUUUGAAAAUUCUCUUUUAGCCUUUGGGUGCUGGUGACUCAUGGAGCAGCAGACCCGUGUUUGUUUGGACCUCCCCCACACCCAGUGGGGAUGGAAAGAGCCAGAGUAUUUUUUUCCAGCACCAGUAGUUAGAAAUCCCUCUGCUGGUAAAGGUGUGUUGGUUUAAAAUGGAUUGAGAGGAAAAGAUAGACUAUCCUACUUUCGCCUUGAUUGUUGUGUACACCGGCCAGUUUGGUUUCAACAUAGUAAGUGAAAGCAACCAUUGAGAGCAGCUACAGUAGGCUUCAGUGGUUUCUGGGACACAUGGGCAGUCAUCUACGCAGGCAAGUUUGUAAACCCCCUUGUUCUCAUCUGUGUGUGUGUGUGUAUUCGUGUGUAUGUGUGUGUUGCCCUAAUUGCCAAUCUGGGGCUGCUUCCUUUACAGUAAUGCUCUGGGCUACUCUGCUGCCUUGCAUCCAAAAGAACAGAGGCUUAUUUUUCCGCGUUUGCCUCAUAAAAAUCCUCUCGGAGGUUUGCGAUGAUGGGGGGGAUGUGCAUCAGAGAGACCAGUGUGCGGCGUACAAUGUGCUGGUGUGACGAACAUGAAAUUUUAAUCAUCCCCUUGUCAUGUUUCUCAUAUCAUUGUGUUACUUACUGUAAAGCCUUAGUGUCCCUCCGUGACUUGCACAGCUGAUGAUUAAGGACUUGAGUCAUUCGGCAUGGAAAAGGUGAAAGGUCAGUGCAUGUGUCAGAACUUAGCCACUGUUUUGCUUCCGUCUGAAGAAAAAACACUGUGUGUGUUUGCAGCUGAUAGACUCUUGUCAUGUGCUUGUCCACUGUAUAUGCAUCUUUUUAUACCACCUUUGUACUCAUCGGCUGUGGCUAAGUGCUGGAUGGUAUUUCUUCUCUUGUAUUUAUAGCACAUCAGCGAGGAGACUCUCUGAAUAAUUGAUACAUGAAAAUCAUUAAGAAAUCUGUCGUCAUACACACAAAAAGCAUGGAUAGUUCUGUAUAUAUCAUGGUGACCUAUAUUAUAUAGAUGCGGUAUAUAUUGUGAUUGUUGCCAUAGCAAUAGCCUCUUCUCCAGUUCUCUUCGGGCACAGUGAAAAAAAAGACUUCUCUCUAGAGGACUUGAUUUAAUUUUGGACUCCACAGCGAUGAUUCCGCUCUGGUAUUAACUCAUCACUCUUUGUUUAUGUCAGACUCUCUGCACUUGUUGACAGUUGCAGUGUAUCAUUUCGUGAACUAAAAGCACAUGUGCCUGUGUUAUUUUUACAGCAUUUAUAGCUCUGCCCUCUGUUUUUCCCUCUGUCAUGCCCUCAGUCUAUCUAGAAAAGCUAUUUGUUUCUACAGCUCUGAGGGUCAUCUUCUAUCAUCUCUUUUUAAAUUGGAGGUUGACUGAUUGAUCGGCCAAUUUAAGUUUAUCACAGAUGUCAAGAUCCUCUUUCUUUGGGUUAAAAAAGCUCUGUCAUCAUUUGUUGCUGCUGCUGCUGCUAGCCGUCAUGUGCUAAACUUAAACAAGUUUCCAAUAUGAUGUUUUAAAGGUUAUGUUAGUCAAUAUAGCAUCAUCAUAUUGUGUUCAAAUGUUAAGUCAAGGAAAAUAAAAUUUAGGUUUUGGUAAAAAAAAUUCUUUGGAGGUGGGAUUUGGAGAACCCUUUAAAUCAGUAUGUGUCUCAAAAAUCCCGUAUCGGUCCAGCUUUGGUUGUAAUCUGUGGGAGUUGUUGAAAUCCUUCUACUUAUCUUGAGAGACGUAUGAGUGUGCCUGCUGUGCUCACUGACCUGGUUUACAGAAAGAGGACAGUCCUAACAUGAUGACUUGACUUCCCCUUCCAUUACCGUCCAUCCCUGCAAAACCACGAGAGGUAGAAAACUUCAGGAACCAUCAGACACUUAAACCAGCUUGUGCAGAAAGUUUCACAUAAAUAAACAUAGAUGAUUAUGAUAACGGAUUAAGACACGGAUGUGCUGAGAUUUGUAAUCUGGAGCCAGAUGCUUCUGGACAGGAUUGGAUAGCUGCUGAUCCUUCUGCAUUGAGUUUGUCAAUAAACCCAGUGGGAGCUGGAGCCUGCACCAACACCCUGAGGAAAACUUGCCAGAGAAUGAGGAUCUUUUUUUUUUUUUACUGUCGAUCCUGGAGCAGCUGUUGUAAAAGUAGUCACUGAUUUCCUGCUUUUAUCCUUUCUUCAUGGUUUGAUCUUCUUACAGUCAUACCACCCCUAACUCUGACUCUGUUUUGUGUUGCAUUUAUUGGGGUUUUAUGCCUUUUUGUUUUUGAAAAGGAUAGGACAGUGGCUGAAGCAGGAAGCUGGAAGAGAGAGAGGGGAGUGACAUCCAGGAAAGGGGCCACAGGCUGGAAUCCAACCUGCCACCCAUGUACAUAGGGGGAUAAUCAAAUUUGAGCCAAAAUGUGGUUUUACAACUUUAUACGCUGUUAUCUGACUUGUCUUUUACUCUCCAUAGAUUACAUUUCUGUGUCUGUCAUUGUGAUGUAUUUUUGCUCAAAGUUUAAAACACCACGAUAGCAUCAGAAAGUUGAUCAAGGUCACGCCACGCCUUUCCGUCUCCUGCUGCACAGUAGGGAAGAGGAGUGAUAGGAGGAGAGAACACAGGAUGCAGAUGACAUACUGUCAAAAAUAAUGGUAGUGGGCUUCCCUGUCCUCCUUACUACCUUUGUUUUAUCGGAGUUGUCUUCUUUUUGUUUGGUUUCUCCGUUAAGAAAUGUGAAUUAAGAGACUGCCACUCAUGACCGAAUCACCCAGGUACUCAGGCGACAGCAGAGCCAAGAUUAAUUUGUGGAGCGAGUGUGAAAAGAUAGACUCAAAAUAAAGGAGCAGAGCAGCUAAAACCCAGGCACAGACUCUGGAAAAUCUGGCAGUGAUAUGGGAAUAAUGAGAGAGCACCCUCAGAGAGACUGUCAAAGGAAUUCAGCGAGGUCCCCGCCUGGGAUUGUGAAUCAGAUGAAGUGUUGGGUGCAGGAUUGUCAUCUCAGCCUCAUCGGCGGGGUCGCUAUGAGGGUAGGAGACCUGACUGACUGUCAGAGUGAGGGACCCUGCAGAAUCUGAGUGAUCUGUCUUCCAGACAGCACUGGAGCAGGAGGACUGUACACAAGGGAUGAUGGGUAAUGAAUGACUCUGAGGGGGUCGCCUCGGGCUGACAGUGACUGACAGGUAGCCAGGUUUGUGCCCUUUUUUUUUUUUCCUUGAGAUCAUGCGUUUGAGUUGAUGUCACUUGGGUGUUUGGAAAAAAGGAGAAAGGACGAGUGCAGACCCAGCUCGAAAUUAAGCAUUGUCCAUGAUGCCAAACUGUAGUUUUGUACUUCAGAUUAUUUUCAUGUAUUUUUCAAAAAUCAUAUUUUUUUCUACCCAAUUUCUUGCAGUUUUAUCUUCUCCUAAUCUUCUUUUUUUCUUUCUUUUUAAAUUUUUUUUUAACUUUUUUUGUAUAGUUCAGUUUUAUAAUCUAGGCACAUUUUCAGGCAGUUGUGAUGUUUUUUAACAUUUGAGAGAUAUCUUUCUUCGUUAAAUGAGCAAGGCUAAUGCUAACAUGCUAACAAGCUUGAUCAAACUGGCUACCUUAAUUUAGCUCAACUCGACACAGCUGAAGCUAAUGGAUGUAUUGCAAAAUGUGUAAAGUAUUUUAUUAUAUGGACUUUGACACAAGUCUAAAUGUUUAUAAGCCAUCCUGGUACCAAAGCUUACCGAAGUUACAGAUCAUAUUUAGACGGCGUGACAAUAUACUUCUGUGCCAAACUCCUUGGUGAGUGCAGCUUGACAAAAAAAUACCCUGGUACUUAAUGCAGGGUGAAGAAAAACAUGCUUUGGUAUUUGUACUGAAACUCAGGUGUGGCACUAGUAUCUAAAAAGUGUAAAUGAUACUCAACCGAUUGAUAAAAGGGAGACAUGUUUUUAGGCUUCAUUCAUUUCACUCAAAAAAAAAAAUUGUUGGCUACUCUUUGAGAAGAUUUCACUGCAAAAAUCUGAAAACAUUGAAAAGCAGACACAUAAACACUGCAGAUGUGUGUGACAUAAGAUGGACAUUCCUCAGGUGUCUCUCUUGUGACAGCACUUUGUCAGUAGAGAUUUGUUCAGGUCAUGUGCAUGUCACUCUGACAGACUGAGUGAAUAGAAAGUGCUCCAGUCGAAUACCUGAAAGUAUCUGAAUAUUUCUUUGCGUUAGGCACGUAGCAUCUCUUCCUUACGUUAAGAAAUCCACUGUAAUGCUGUCUUUCAGGUUACCUGCAAAAAUAAAUAUUCACUGCUGUUUACUCCACUCUCAUGGAGACUUAAAAGUUACAUCACAAGUAUGAACCAACAGGAAAGACGGACUGUUUAUGACUGGGAAUGCUUAAUUACACUCUUGCAUGGAGACUAAUUGCUUCUCAAAUUUUUCUAACAGGAAAUGGUUGUCAUUGUACCCGACAGAUGACAGGGUGCUUCAGUGAUAAUGUCCUCAGACGUGUAAUUCCUGUUUAAUUGUCCCAUUCAUCCAUCCUUCAGUAACUGGAACUGAGCAGAGGAAAUUAAUGAGCUUAGAUCAGCGCUCUCAUGUGUGUUUUCACAAAAGCCUUCCUCAGAUUACACAAUGAUAAUAUUUCACUCAUAUCCUGGUUCCCUUUGAGUCCAAAAUCAAUUAGGUGGUACACUUGUUUUAAACACUAUGAGCAUUAAAAGAGUGGGGGAAAAAAACAAAGUAAAAUGAGUCUUGUGUUAUGAGCAAUAGAUACUACUGAGUCAUAAAAGUACACUGGGAUCACCUGGUCCCCGGUGACAUGCCAGCACUUUGGCCCCGGGAGGAGGUGCUUGGAUCAGGUUUGGCAGGUGAAAAAAAAAAAAGAGACAGGUGCAGCUCCUCAAACACACCUGGGAAAGGAGAAAUGAGUGUGUGUGAGUUUUAGUGUGGGUUAACUACAGGAGUGAGCGUUGAAGGAUUUAUUUUUGUGUGUGUAUGUGUACGUUCGAGUGGGUUUUUGUACAACAAAGACUAGUCUCUGUCUCUGCAAACACACAUUUCAGCAAACUGGGAGGGCGGGAUUGGUUUUGAUUUGAACCGGAUUGUGUGGGAGACUUUUUUUUUUUUUUUAUAGUAAGGUUGCUCUUUGGACUUUGGAUAUGUGAAACUGAACAGUUGGAGGCAAGGUAACGCUUUUUAACCCACUCAUAAUCCUUACAAAUGAAUUGAUUUUAUUGUACUCUUAUUUUGAUUUUUAUGUACCUUUUGAGUAGAAACCCAGUAAGAUGAUAAAGUAACAACUGUGAGAUCUUAAUUAGCAGUUCUGGCGGCUAAUUUGAAUAUGUCAGAGGAUGAUAUUUUGUGCUGUUUUCUGCUCGGUCUGUAAGAUUUUAAUGAAGAAAAACUGUCUGUGUCAGCUCCUCUGUCUGCUGUGUCGACAAGUCCCUGUUUGGUGUGAGGCAGUCUCAUAUGAGGGCCUCUUUUGCUCUCAGGUACCCAUGACUACACAGAGUUUCCAUAGGUACCACUAGCCCUUAUAUUGUCUCCCUCCUCAAGCCUUGUUUGUUUUUCCCAGGAGCGACCCCGGCCAGUCUUGGGUCAAGGAGUCCUCCACUUGGCAGUCCUUUGACUAAACGACGUGCCUGCCUAGUUGAUCAUACUGUCGGUCACCCUUUUUCCCUCUGACUCAACCCGCUCGUCAUCUCUGAUCUCGAGAUUGUGCUAGCAGGAACACAGAGGCUUGUAGUAUUUCCAAAAACCACAACAGAAAUCCAGAUUCCUCUUUCUGGAAAUACAACUAGUAAGGAGAUCUGCUCGCAUCUCUUUUCCCUCUGCCUGCUCUGAUCCCUCUGAGAUGCAGAGAUGGUGGGAAAGCCUGCAACGUACCACAUGGGGCAGACAGCCGAACAGGACUCAUUACUGGCUGUCCUCCCUUUGCCUGCAGCAUGCCGGAAAAAAAAUACCAAAUUAGAUGUGCCAGAGCUCAGCGCAGGGCCCAGCGCAAUUUGAGGCUGUAGCCCGCUUGAGAAAGAGUCGAGAUGACUGGAUUUUAAUUUAUGAGCCUGAAGGGACAGAUAUGUGUGGCUGUAGUUUGCAUAGUUUUGUGCCUCUGUCUGCUUAAUGUUGGUUAGACAGUUUAAAACUAUAGACUUUAACUAUGACUAAAAUCUAUUAAGAGAGGAUUAACUUAAAUCUGUCUGAUAAAUGCCUGUCAGAGAGAAACCACAUUUUCUGCAGCUCACUGCCUGCUGCCUCAGGCCUUAAAUUACGAUCGAUGCUGCAAAGGUUCUUUCCUCCUGUGGUUGUCCUCCCCUCUGUCUGGGGGCGACACGCUGAACCACACACUAAGCUCAAGGUUAUUCACCUCCAUCACUGCCCUGAACUGCAUCCCUGUCACCGGAUUAAACUGUUUUUUAAUUUAUUUUUGGGCAUGUGUUUUAGAUGAAUCUCAUUAAACGGAUCAAUAUGUGAUAUAGUUUUUCUUCAUGUCUCUUUCCAGCAGACCUGCCCGCCUCCUCUCUGCAGUACCAGUGUGGAUCAGUGGACUACCUGUGCUCCCCACAAUUGGUGAAGAAAAUCCCGACCCCCAGACCAUGUCAUGACAGGCCCGCCAUCAAACCCCGACCCCAGCCCUCCUCCUCACCCAGACCUCCGAUUGCACAGAAACCUCAAGGUAAAAAAAAAUCAACUGUGACCCCUUCAAGGACGAUUUCAACAUUGAGUCUGUCAUUAUGACUGACAGGUGCAGCAGGAUCAAACCGUCAUUUAUUUCCACCGUCGUCCCUGACAUGGUGUGUGUGUUUGAGUGUGUCUGCUCUCACACAGCACAGUGGGUCACAUCUGAGGAAGCUGCAGCUCUAAAGCAGGCCAGCAGAUCCCAAGUGUUUAUAUCUGGAGAUCAUUUAAGGAAUGCUAAAUAUGAACAGCAUGUGUUAUGUUUAGGGAACACAUUAUAGAGCAGGACACUGCAGAAUUGGCCCCACUGUUAUUCAGAUAGCUUCACAGCUAUUCAGCUGACCGUCAUGCCCGUUACAAAGUCACCUACAUUUUUAUUAAGUUUAUGCUCUUGUAACUAAAAGGCAACAUUAGAUUUGAACCUGCAAGUAUGACUCGACAGUUUAGCUAAACCAGCCCCCCAUUAGUUUACUAUUUUCGUAUUUUAUCCUCGUGGGACUGACUGUGCUCAAACUCUUGCUUGUAGGGUCAAUAAUUGCUGUUUGUUGCUUUUAAAACAUUCCCAACAAGUUGAAACUUGCAAUGUAUGAGCAAUCGGCUUUUCAGAAUGAAAACGAAAGAACUCCAUCGAAUGUUUUUUUUUUUUUUUUUGAUGACACAUUGUUCAUAUUGCGUGUAUCAUCACCUAUUUUUUCUAAUUUAAACUGGGUAUGGACCUGAAGUCUGGGCAUGUGUGGAUUGUCUCACUGAAGACGCACAGACGGUCAAGUUAAGCUAUUGUUUGAAAUUUACCUCAGAUCUUUUAUUAAAAAAAAAAUUAGGAGGUAUUUCCUUAUUUUUUAUCCAUUAAAGCAGUGGUUCUCAAAUCCAGUCCUCGAGCCCCGCAGUCCUGCAUGUUUUGUAUGUUUCCCUUCUCCAGCACACCUGAUUCAAAUGAUCAGCUCAUUAUCAAGUUCUGGAAUGGCUUACUAACGAGCUGAUCAUUCGAAUCAGGUGUGUUGAAGCAGGGAAACAUCCAAAACAAGGCAAAACCCUAAAGCCUAUUUUACUCCAAAAUGUUUGUAGGAAUAAUCAAACACUGUGCUAAGAAGAAGUUCUGGCAGUGAGUUUUAAUCAGGAGUUUAGAUUAAAAAAAUAAAUAAAAUUCUGUAUCUUUGGUGAAAUUUGCAAAACUGAAACAUAUAACCCCCUUCACUCGUAGUAAAAUUUAGCCACCUUUAAUAUGCGACCCAUUAUUUAUUUUUGUAAGUGUAGUCAGCAUCUCUAUUUCCAUCAGUGACGCGCGCACAGACAGAGGAAGUACUUGAAUUAACGUCUGUAACAUCUCACAUUUCCUGCUUUCAGAUAUUAAAGUUUCUGCAAAUGAAAUAUAUGCAAAUAAACACACUGGACUGUGACAGAGACAACAGCUCAUAGAGUGCAUGCAUGCAUGAUUGCAGAGGUCAUUAAGGCAGUGACAGUUUUGUCACUUCUCUGUCUGCUGUAGUGUUUUUUUUUGUUCUAACUGGAACUGUGGUGACUUUAACGCCCGCACUCACUCAUUUCAGCAUCCUGUUUGAAAUAAGGAAGUUGCUGACAGCUUUGGUUCAGUGUUGUUCAAACUCGACUCUGCUGCUUCAUGUUUUUAUCUUCAUUUUGUCUGUCCUUGGAUUUUUGUCUUUUUCAAGCAAACAGGUCGCCUUUACAGAAAGAUUUCACCAUGGAGGUUUUCUCUCUCGGGAUUUUACACGUUACCUGAUACUUUUUGUUCUCUGUCUGCGGUCUCGUGCUUCUCUGCUUCUCAUAUUUUGUCCACGCAUUUGGAUUUCUGUACCUGUAGUGCCCCCUAAACCAACGCACCUGCUCGCCCUCGGGCAAGAUAAGAAACCGAAGAGGAUCCCUCCUGCACCCUCCAGACCAUUGCCGGCUCCCCCUCCUCCACCUAAACCAAAGCCCAGUGUGACUCCUCCUGGCGUGGGUGCGCAGCCACAGAGAGAAGCGCAGAAAGUUGGGCUGCUCAUCGAGAGGUUCGAAAAUUCAAGGUAAAGCCCUCAAAUUUUUGAGUAAAUGUAUGAUUCUCUGUGCAAAAAGAAAUUUUAUGAAUUGAAUGUCUUUAUAUUUCUGUUUAAUUAUAUAAACUAAAAUUCAAAGACCUUCAUAUUCAUAAUUUGGCUUUUAAAGAGGUCGAUUCACUGUUGGUUUAGCUAGGAUCAUUCCAGAACAUUACUAUCUUUGAAGUCACAAUUUAAUAUUCAUGGAUUUUUCCAGGGUGCCCAUCCUGGGGGUGCUCCCUCGCUCCCAGCUGCACCUGUGUCUGAGAAUGGACCCUGCGUCUGACAUCACUUCCUCCUGCGGCCAGGACACCAUCACGGCGAAGGUUGCAGGAGACUCCUCCCCUGUGGACAAACUUGCACUUAGCACCUCAGAACGGACUGACGAAGUGUCUGAACUUUCCCGCCUGUCCUCUGUACACCUGGACAGCUCAGACGACGCCCCGCUGGACGACUGUGACAUCACGCACGAUGGCGUCAGUUGCCUUGAUGUUGUGGAGCGGGAGAAUGGCUCCUCCCACGAGCUCCUGGACAAUCAGAACUCUUUAGAGCAAAAUGGGAAGAUUCCUAACCGGGACAGCGGCAUUGACAGCCCGUCCUGCACCGCCGAGGGGGAGGUGUUCCCUAACGAGGACGCCAUCGACGAGGAGGAUCAUUACGACAGCGUCACAGAAACAGAGAGUGUGUCCUGCUGCGUUACCCUGGGCAACAAGAGAGACUCAACUCAGGAUGAGGACAGUGACCUGGAUGAGGGCAGCAGUGGAGAAAUACACUCCCUGACAGACACACAAACAGGCUAUCUGGCUGAUGCACACUCAGAGGCGCACAAAGUGAGUACCUCCCAUGCUUAAAGUCAUAAAACUGAAAGACCAUCAUUUAAUUGUUUACCACACUGGAGCACUUUUUAAUUUUAAUGUUACAUCAUGAUUUUCAGGAAUGUGCAAUUGAGCAUAUCCUGCCAAGCUUCAUUUCAGACAGUCAGUCUGCCUUUAAUGUUGUGAAAAAAGGUAGCUUGUGUCUAUUAUUAUCUCAGCCUGGGUGAACAGUUUCAAAGAGUACUUCCACAUGAAACAUUACACUCUGUUACAGCCUCAGUUUACCGGUCACAAGUGAAUGACUUUAUCUUAGAAGCUCUGCUAUUACAUAAAAGGACAAAUACCUGCUUUAAAGCCGUAACUGGAGCUUAUCGUAGAUAUUAUAUAAAAGUAUCCAGAGACUGAUAUCCUGCCCACAGCUUAGCUAAGGUUUCAGUUUGUUCCUGUCCUUCAAUUUGAGUAUUGAUUGUAAACAACACUGUGAACUCAAGUAAUGCACAGGCUGUUGGCCUGUGUGUGCAGAUAAUGUUUCUUUUGGAGAUCCAACAUUUCAGGUUGAAAAGCUUCAGAGCAGAGUCUGAACAUAUUAACAUAUUUAAGAAAAUAGAUUCUGCAAGUAAAGACAAAGAAAGGGAAAAGAAGAUGAAACUGUUUUUGGAGUUAGAGAAGAUUUAUUUCCCAGACACAGAAAAUGGGAACGACAGACUCUGAGAAGAAAAGCAGCCAUGUGGAAUAAAAAUGAUCAUUGUCUUUUAUUUAUACAACAUGAAAAAUAUUAGGAUUCACAAUUUCAUAGUUUCAUAUAGCAAUAUUGAUGUAUGCGUGAUUGCUGGAAUAAAGAUGCAAAUAUUAGAGGGCGCCUAUUUGCUACAACUUGACCUCCUAUUCAUGUUUCACACAGUAGCUCAGUAACAACAUGUUCUCUCUGAAUACAUAGAGCCUAAAGCUGAUAGCUAUCUUUAGCUUCAUCAAAACAGUUUUUCUCCAGAUAGAGAAAAAAGCAGGUAUACUUGAUAGAGAAGUUUGCUUGUUAACGUCAAAUAAUCUAAUACUUCUGUUGUGAUAAAUUCACUUUUGUUUCAUGUGUUUAUUUUGAAAGCUCACACUGCACUUACAGUGAAAUUCAUUGUGCGGCCCUCAUUGUGCGGCCCUCAUUGUCGCGUUCUCUCUCAGCACGUUUUAAUGCUGUAAAACACACCCAGUGUGCACAAAUGUCACACGAUCACACAAACUGCAAACUGCCGUGGCCUCUGCUGACCGCCCACGCCCACAGUCUUCUGGGGAAAGGUAUCUCUGCUCUCCAGUGCUUCCUGAUCCCAACACUGCUGUGAGAGGAAGGGUGUGUUAUGUGUUAUGUGAGGGCUUCUAUAACUAUGAGUAUUGGUGACACAGCUGACAUGUUGAUAGCCACAUAAUGACAUUUUUAUCACAAAGGGAUGUGGGUUUUCAGUGAGCUGUACUGCGAAAGCGCAGGAGGCUGAAUUUUUUGUGUUUGUGCUGCAAUCCAUUUUGCAAACAAUGGAAAAAUUUUGGUUCACUUUUUAGUCAGCCGAGUGGGAUUUGAUAAUGCUUGGUAAUGCUAGGUUUUCAUACAGUUUAUAAUCUGCGGUGCAAGUUUCAUCCUCUUGUUUCUGUUGUGUGUAUGAGAUGUGGAGGACAGCUGUUUGGAAAUCCACAUUUGGUCCUCUGCAUCGUCAUGAUAGACUCUGAAGCAAUUGUAAUCAGAGAGACAUUGUUUUGACGCCUAACCGUACAUGUUUUAGAGCACCUGAGUUCUCAAUGAGGGAAAGAGACACAUCUUCGUUUUCACCACAACAGCAUGUACGAAUUCUUAUAUAACUUCAAGCAGCUUUUCUCAGUAACCACGGCUGCUGAGCUUAACCGGCAACUGAAAUAGAGCUUUGUGAAAGUCAGCAAACAGUUUUCCAUUUUUGGAUGAUGUAAACGAAGCCUUGGUCAGGGCCAUCUGUUGUCUGAUUCAGCUGUGAAAACUGGUGAUAUGUAAUAAUAACCCUCUUUUUGUCUCUGUUGUCAACAAAGUCCUUAAAAAAACAGCAAAUACAAUGGUUUAAUCUGGUGAACCAUAUGUAUUAUUGGGCAAACUAAUCCUGAUAAAGCUAAUCAUAUUACAUCAUCAAGCUAAGUUUUGUCAUCCAAAAACUAAAUAUGCAUUCAUGAUAGCUGCCUGACAUAUGCAUGAGUAACAAUACAUCCAAAUACAGUUCUAUAUGAUGAAUGAACAGAGCAGCAUGAGGAAACCCUGUUUAUUCUAUGAUGCGUGCAAAUCAAUAACUGACCCCAAGUAUUACAGAGAGAGAUGAUUUCUAGUAGUUCUCUUGUUUGCAGAUUUUAACUCCAUUAUUCUCCUCACGGACACACUAUUUACUCAUCUGUUGUGUUUGGAUCAAUGUUAUUACAGACAGCAUCAGUAUGUUGGGAUUUGAGUGUUUUGUCGGACUGUUGUAAGGCCUCUGUGUAACAAAAACAUCAGGUGUAGGAGGAUAAAGCAAAUGAUUUUAGGAUCAAUGCUUCAAUAAGAAAGAAAUUUCAGUGAUAGUGUGAUAUUGUCAAUGAAAUGAGCUGAAGUGAAAUUUCAUCUUAUUAGUUUUAUUUCAUCUAAGCCCAGUCCUCGAGGCCCACUGUCCUUCAUGUUUUGGAUGUUUCCCUGCUCCAACACCUGAUUCAAAUGAUUAGCUCGUUAUCAAGCUCUGGAAUGGCUUAAUAACGAGCUGAUCAUUUGAAUCAGGUGUGUUGGAGCAGGGAAACAUCCAAAACAUGCAGGACAGUAGGCCUCGAGGACUGGACUUGAGAACCACUGAUCUAAGGGAUCCACAGUGGGGUCUGUGGGGGGAUGUGGCAGCCUUCUGCCUCAUGAGGAUGAACUGCAGAGCUGACAGUGAAAACAGAAGACAAAUGAAGUCUUGGUUUUCUCAAAGAAAAGAGAAAUAGAUAACAGCCAGCAGCUUUAAAUAGGCCACACCGCACAUUAACUGCACAGCUGAGAAAAAAAUUUCAAAGAUAAAAAUAUACCUCAAUAUGUUUGCAUAUGAUUCUGUCUUUACUGGUGUAACAAUAAUCCUUGGAUAUCUCACACAAGUGUUUUAGCUACUGAAGAAUAACAUGACUGUGAACUUGUAAGAUUAGAAACCUUAUGUGCCACCUACCUGCCUUGACAUACUUGCAUGCUGAAACAAAAAGAUUUUUCAUGUUUUAUAAUAAUGUGCACCAGUAAGUGAAUAUUUGCUUUGCUUGUAGUUCCUUUGGUAUAAUUGUUGGUUUCUGUCUGUUUUCUUCAGUGCUCAGAGGCUCAGAAGCUCCUCAACAUCGCCAAAGAGCUGCUCCAGACUGAAGAGGCCUACGUCAAAAGACUCAACCUCCUCGACCAGGUAACAGCAUACCUGGCAUGUUUUAGUUUGGAAAAUAAGAGAAAUUUACCCGAGCGAAAAGCGAGGAAAAAGUACUACGAGGACUAGCCUCCAAUUGGCUGCCAGAGUAGCCAUUCGGAGCAUGCGAUGGCACACUCAAUUUGCAUACAAGACAAGCGACACAUCCACCACACAUAUACCAGACACAGUCAGGCCAGAGAAAAACACCAAUUUACGAGACAAGACUGGAAUAUUACGACCCCGUAUUAAGAUGUCUAUUUUGUGGGCAACAAGGACAUCAUGAAACGUAACAACGAUAAACAGAUCAGCGUUUGUACAUUUGUCAAUUUUUCUCCCAAGAAUGGAAAACUCCAUGUCAGUUCAACGCUAACAGUCUGAUUCUAUGUGAGAAUCUAACAUUGUGUUUGGAUGCUUCUGGUCCUGAUUUCAAUCUGGUAUGUGUGCCAGUGGUCUUAGUGAUUGAGAUCACGGCUGAGCUGGAUUAAAACUGUGGCACUGUUAUCCACUAGACCACAACCAUCCUCAGUUGACUGAAUUACUUGUAGAAGUGUGAGAAUGUGGCUCAAUUUAUGUUUGAACACGUGCAGCAAAGUUGCACUUACUAGACGUAGUGUGCCUGUGCUUGAUAAGACUGCAGGGUGGUAGGUAUUGAUAGUGUGAGAGCGUGUGUGGGUGUGUAUUUGGUAGGGGUGUGAUACAGUGUUAUACCCUCACAGUGGUAUCUUAAACACUUGUGUGUAAAUCCCGUGGAUUAGAGAUGUGUGUUUUCUGACUCUCAGCUGGUUUAUAAUUAGAGAGCUCUGUCUGGGCUCCAGCUUCUGCUGUUUGCAAAGAGACAGUUUCCUCUUAGUACUCCAUUAGAAUUCUCAUAUAUUAGUAGAAACUUUAUCCUUAUUUGUUCUGUCACAUGGUAAAACAGCACUGUACAGAAACAGAACUCAAUUUUAUCCAUGUAUAGAAUAAAAGACAGAUAAAGAUAAUCAGCCAAAGCCAAUGAUCAGCCUACUUUUAUGUACAGCUCAUUAAAACUCAAUAUAGCCGUUAGCAUAGGCCUGUUUGAAACCACAUUAUACAAAGUUCAUGAAUUAUAAUUGUUAAUUAUUUUGCUUUUCUUUGCCUGCGUGUUUGACUUUUUUUCUUAUCACCUUUUUAUAUAUUUUUUUGUUUGUUUAUGUCUUUAGUAUUUUUGUACUAUCACCAUCAUUGUUUGUUAGGUUAUGCCCCUAACUGAAUGAAUAGAUACUAGAAACAGUACAUAUAUCACAGCUAAGUCAAGCUUAGUUUUUCCUAAGUUUUCUUCUUUUUUGUACUGAAGGAACUGUAAGUUCACUUUCCUGUUCAAUGUUAAAAAAUAAUUUAAAAAGAUAAAAAAUAAGAAGUUUUAUCAGAUCAAGUGUCUGAAAACUUUAAAACGUUUCGUUUAGCAUCACUAAAACAAGAGCUGUGAGUUAUCAGGAUUAAGCAACCACUCAAAGAUGCUUUUUCGAUUAUUUUUUUUUUCUUGGAAUCUUGAAAUUUUUGCAACCUCACAUGUCUCUACCUAUCAGUGAAUAAAUUUAGCUCUAAAUACCAUCUAUUAACCAUUGGACUUAACUCUUGAUCAGUCUAAUUUAACUUAAAUAUCUGUCACUUUCACCAUUCGGUUAUUGCUGUUAUUCUAGAGAUGAGAAUUUAAACUUGGUGGUUCAGUCAUCUUCCUCUUUGUUGAGUUAAUGUGGUUAAGAGACAUCAAGUUGCCCUAUCACCAAACAGCUCUGGUUUACUUGCUACAGAAGUCUGAGAACCCUCACAGUUCAACUUCCUGUUUUUGUUUCACUGUUCUCAAUCUCACACGACACAGGUUACCUUGGAAAUAUGGGUGCUAGUCUGUUAGCGUGACUGACGAGUAAGCCAAAGAUAAGUGAGGGAUGGGUGAAGCAAGAUGAGUUAUGAUGAAUCCGAACAGGCUGACACGAUAUGAGUCACAAAAUUUGAACAGUUAACGGGAACUGCAAGAGUAAAGACUGUAAGAUCUGCUGAUCAGCAGGAGCUGGUAUAAUUUAAUCUGAAAAAAACAUCCGCUGCCUUUCUGUCUCCUCUUUCAACUGCACGCUUAGAGUCUUGUAAAACACUUCCUGUGAUUAAUUUGCCCCCUGCUGAGAGGACCCAGAUGACAUCACUAUGAUAUAAUCUGUUUUUACUGCACAGCCUCCAACACCAAAACUGAUCAAAUGCAACUACUAAACAAGCCGAGGCAGACUAAACAUGAUCAUUAAACUCAUUCUUGACUGAUCGAAUGUUGUGUUUCACAGGUAUUUUGCACUAAGCUCACAGAGGCUGGAAUCCCUCAGGACGUCAUUACAGGGAUCUUCUCCAACAUCUCCUCCAUCUACUGUUUCCAUGACAAGUUCUUGCUUCCUGAGCUGAAGACACGUAUUACUGGAGAAUGGUGAGAUAUAAAAACACCCAAAAUACCCAAUGUGACGUUGUUGAAGGGAUGCUUUGGCUCUGUUGUGGUCAGCAGUUGGCAUUAUUGCCAGAUUUUCAGCUGUGACGAGUUGCUGUGAUGUGUGUUUUGUGUAUCAGAGUGCAGAACAAGCGGUAAAUCUACCUUUAUUGUGGAUUACUGUGCCAACAUCUGCCACCCUCAGCAGAAAAUGACUCCUCCAGAGGGCUGUGUUUUGGGAAAUCACCUGUCACAUAAUUGAUGUCUUUGUAAAAAACCUAUUUGGCUAGAAAUGAAAGAGUAAAAGAUGAGUACACACAAGCGGAAGAUGAGUUAUAAAGGAUUAUUUUGUUGAAAUUCCCCAAGAAGUGCCUGUGAGUUGAGACGAUUUGUCUUUGAAGAAACAUUCGAGAAAACCCUCAAACAUAGAAACUCACUUUACUUACCUGAGCGAAGUUUAUGAUGAUUUCCUCCUAAACUAAAAUUUUUACAGAUGCAUUUUUAUCAAUAAGAAGGACAAUGUUGAUACUAAGGGUCUCUUUGCUUCAGCUUGUAAAGCUUGUGCAUGGACUCAGUUCACUUUCAUUUUAAAAGUUAAGCCUCAGAAAAAGAUAAACAUAGACUUUAAAAUAAAACAUUUAAAGAUGUUUAACGAAACAUUUUUCCAGGUAUUUUGUAUUUUUUUAAAAGAGUAUGGUAUAUUAUCUAAAAGAAGGUUACAAGGUCACAUCAAGUUUUAUCAAGUUGUAGCCCUGUCGUGUCAUAUCCAUCCUCAGAUACUCAUAAAAGAUAUGCCUUUCUUUGUUUGUCUAAUUGCAUUAAUCCAUUUGUUUGUUUUGUUUUCUUUAGGGACUCAAAUCCUCGAAUCGGAGACAUCCUCCAGAAACUGGCUCCGUUUAUGAAGAUGUACGGCGAAUAUGUGAAGAACUUCGACCGAGCCAUGGACUUGGUCAACACAUGGACCCAGAGGUCGUCACAGUUUAAGAGUGUAGUCCAGAACAUUCAGGUAUAUAUUUUGUUGGUAUAUCAAAUGACUGCUAACUUCACUAAAAACUCUGAAGCAACUUCUCAGUUCUUUGUUUUUGUGUUUGUGCCAACAGAAACAGGAUGUGUGUGGGAACCUGACGUUGCAGCAUCACAUGCUGGAGCCGGUCCAAAGGAUUCCUCGCUAUGAGCUGUUGCUCAAAGACUACCUGAAGAAGCUGCCUGAUGAUGCUUUGGACAGAAAAGACGCAGAAAGUGAGACACUGAAACAUUUUUAACCACUUUGUUAUUGUUUAUUGUUGUCACAGCAGGUUGCACCUCUCCGGUAUCUCCCAACUUACACCAUUGAUGGUUUUGCAAACUACAGUAUUGCGCACUUCUCAGUACAGAGUGAAUGGUCUGAUAUUUCACAAAGUGUCUCAUGGUUUGACUUCCUUUCUUUAGAUGUUGAUUUUAAAUUGAUUUGAAAAAACGCCACAUUAAAUAAAGAAAAAGUUUUACAAGUCUUCUACUCACUGUAAUAAUCAAAAAUAGUAUUAGGAAUGGGUCCCCCCCCCUGCAUGUUUUGGAUGUUUCCCUGCUCCAACACACCUGAUUCAAAUGAUCAGCUCGUUAUUAAGCCAUUACAGAGCUUGAUAACGAGCUGAUCAUUUGAAUCAGGUGUGCUGGAGCAGGGAAACAUCCAAAACAUGCAGGACAGUGGGCCUCGGGGACUGGACUUGAGAACCACUGAGUUAAUAUGACAGUGGUUGAUAAGAUUUAACUCACAUUAUAGUAUGAUUCUUUGGCUCAAAAGUGCCCGGUUAAAAUUUUGUAAUUCUAUAAUAAUUCUAUAUUUUAUCAACUCAUACUAAGAUAAAGAACAGAUGUAUGGAGAUAACCCCGAUGCUGAGGGAGUUGGUAGAGUCUCAGUUUGUGCCUCGGCUCACCAGAUAGAACAUUUUAGAAAUGUCAUGAGAGAAGUGGGGGCAGGUUGGGGGCAAACAGUUGUUCACUCUUGGCAGUGGAGUAUGAGAUGAGGGGCUUAGCUGACCUUUUAAUUCAAAGGAGCUUUAUUCAAGCCAGCACAUGUUCUUCUGUUUUUUUCCUGCACACAAUAUUUGCACUGUGUUAAAGAUGACCUUAAUUCACAUAAUGCACCUUUAAUGUCCAUGCUAUGGCUCAGCACCUCUUAUAAAUCUCCUCGUUUUUUUUUCUACUCUUAAAUCCAUCUUUUCACACUUUAUGAAGUUUACAUUUGCAGACAUAUCUCACGCACACUGCAAUCCAGUGCAACAGCCUCUCUGACCACAUAUUGAAUUUUACAUGAUGGUGAUGGUGGUGAUGAUGUCCUCCCACAUCCUUGUGUCCAUUUCCCGGAGAAUGUAACCUCACCACAUUGUGUUGUUUGGAGUCUAAGGGGGGGUUUUCUCUCUCUCUCUCCUCCGCUCCGGCUGACAUGCAGUUUAUCACAGUUGUUUUGGCCUCAUUUCCUGCGGCUGUGUGUCUCCUCUGUUGUAUGUAGGCCAUGAUUAAGAUGGCUGACUCAGGUGCUCCUAAGCAUUAGCACAAGACUCACUACUGGCUAACUGCCAGCCUAACUCAGCCAGUGUGUCUAAUGAUGAGACAGCGCACGCUUUGUCCGAUUCUUUUAAAUUUGUAUUGGACAUUUUCUUUGGAUUGAUUUACAGUCACAGUUUUCUGUUUUUAUCACACAGUUUCCCUUCAACGCUAAAAUAUAUGUCUGAUUUCUUAUUACAGAGGCACUGGAGCUAAUCUCUACUGCAGCUAACCAUUCCAAUGCGGCAAUAAGGAAAAUGGUAAGACUUUACAUAACACUACAUCACUGUUUUCUAGCCUCUUUUCGACACCUUCUCUCAGUCUCAUUGAGCUUUAUAAAAAAAAAACAGCUUAUCCGUUACCCAAUCUCAUUGUCGCUGAUGCUGUUCUGUCAGUCAGCAGCAUUGCAAGAGUUUGUCUGGAGGAGUGAACAUUUUGAAUUAGCACAGACAGGAAGUUGCUGUUUCCUGCCUCGGGUUUCGCAGCUUUGAGGAAGCCCGGCUGACUCUUUUUAACACUCGUCCUCCUCAUCUUUUUCCUGUGUCUGGCUAUGUUACUCACAUUUCUCUCAACCUUGAAACAACUUUAGCAGACAAAUGUGUUUCUGAAUCAAUACAGGAAUAUAAUAUCUGCUCGCUGCCUUGCUUGAAAACCCCCAUGAAUGAGAAAGAGACUUAGCUGACAGUGAAAUCACCCCCUCUGGUGGAAUUUAGGCCACAGCUUCAUCUGUCUUUUCUGUCUGGUUUCCUCAUCUUCUUCUCUCCCACUGUUUCCAGGAGAAAAUGCACAAGCUGCUGGAGGUUUAUGAGAGGCUCGGGGGAGAGGAGGACAUAGUUAACCCGGCCAAUGAGCUUAUCAAAGAAGGACAUAUCAAGAAGAUGUCAGCCAAAAACGGAACAGCACAAGACCGAUACCUCUACUUGGUGAGAGUGGAGAGGUGUUAAAAUAAAGAGUGAAAUAUCGCGCUAAUGAAGAAGAUUCGUGAAUGUAACUAUGAUAUUUUCUGAUCUAGUUCAACAACAUGGUGCUAUACUGCGUGCCUAAACUCAGACUGAUGGGACAGAAGUUCAGCGUAAGAGAGAGGAUCGACAUCGCUGGCAUGGAGGUAAACUCCUGCUCCUCCUUUUUGCUCUGUCUGAUAUCUUUCCUUCUCUCUGCUGCUCUUUGGUUUGUUUUGGUGGGCUCACGGUGAUCUUCCUCCACUUUUUGAACCUCAGGUGCAGGAAAAUGUGAAGCAGAAUCUUCCUCACACGUUUGCCAUCAUUGGUAAACAGCGAUCACUGGAGCUGCAGGCGAGGUAAGACAGAAACACCAAUUGAAACGAAACCUGCUGUUAUGGCCUUAAACUUGAUUUGACAUUUAAUUUUACUGUGAAGGGAGAUCAAAACACUGAGUACUGCACAAUAUGAAUAAUAAAGCUGUGUUUUAUGAGCUUGCUAGGAGGGUACCAUGCCUAUGAGCAGAGCCACAGUUAGCAUUUACAGUUAGCUCAUUCACAAACUAGCUUCUGGUGUAAACAGCCAGACCAAGAACUAUUAUUACUUUUACUUACCUGUAUUUAAAAAGCUGCACAUGCUUUUUAUCUGCGCUGUAAAACCAAACAAGAGUGAGCUGAGGCUUUGAUUAUUCAUUUUAGACUGACCGUGUUUUCACUUUUUCAUGUGUUAAUAUUUGAAUUGUUUAAUUUUUAGUAAAUGUUCAUUUUAUUUUUGUUUUACAGGACGGCUGAGGAAAAAGAAGACUGGAUUCAGGUAAGGAUCACGCCCACGCUUCAAAUACAGACAUACAGUCCCCAGUCGCUCGUGCCCUCAUCCAGUGUUUGGUGCCUGUGGUGGUCCCGCUUUAUUAGAAAAUGGAAUUAGCAAAGAUUUCCUCCCCUCGCUGAGUGUUUGGGAAUUAAAUUCUCUAAUAAAGCCCCUCAUUAUUGCUCAUUUAGCCCAUUACAGUAAGGGAAAGCUGAUUAAAACAUUUCGCAGGAUUGAAGAGCGGGUGGGUGUUUCACAAAAGGGUUAUGGGAGGUAUGCGUGUGGUUUUACGCGCGAGUUGAUCUCAUCAGAGGGAGGGGAGAGUAAACUUAAUAGAUUUUAAAGAACGGCUUCAAUUCUGCUAUUAAGAAAACAUGAAAUGAAAACGUGUCUGAUCAAUAAUCCAUCUCUUUCUCCGUGAUUUUUCCCUCCCUCAGGUGAUCCUGGCCACUAUCGAGCGGCACAAACAAAACAGCGAAACAUUCAACAAAGCUUUCAACAGCUCCUUCUCCCGGGAAGAUGACCACAUCCCUGAAUCACCGGUCAGUCUCCCUCUCCUUCAUCAGUCACUGCAUCGAUCAUUCAAUAAGAAAGUCAUCCGGUGAAUUGAAUCACGGGAGACUAAUGGUAGACCAAACAAGUCUGUCAUAAUCUGGUCUUUGUCUGCCUGGACAGCUCCCCAUCUAUGGAUAUAGUAGUAGUAUCACACAUAUAAAGAAGCUCUGUCUUCCUUUCAACCUCUGACAGUUGCAACACGUAGCGUCUGUGCGUCCCCUCUUCCAGAACUCUCUCAUGACCUAAUAGGGAAAGCCCGAGUCAAAGUGUAUACAAAAGUCUUAUGAAUCUGCUUUGACCCACUUUGGUCUGGCUGGAGUUGGAUGCAGGCCAAAUGCAACUUCAUACAAGUCAGAGGACCCGAUCUAUAAGUCCAGACUGACGCCUAGUGGUGAAAUGCUCUCACUGCAGGCAGCAGCUGCUCAUGCUAAAAGCUCUUAUUCCUCCCUCAGGGACUCUGGAGCAACACAUCCAUCGACUCAGAUGGUGAAAGACUGCAUGAAAGGGUAAGACACAAUCUUUAAAUGUAAAAAUACUUUUUGAGAGUUUGUAGAGCUUUAGAAAGUUCUGGUAUACAUGGUGCUGGCAGGUACAGGAGUCUUCCAACAGCACACCAAAAGACUGAAGAACAGUUACCAACCACAUGCAGUUUGUUUACUAAACUCCUGACAGUACCACCGGACAAUACUCUGUGCAAUAACCCACUUAACUGUGCAAUAUCAUCUGUGAUGUGCAAUACCAUGUGCAAUACAGCAAUUCGUACACCAUUAUUACCUCCACCAAGGAGGUUAUGUUUUCGGUAGCGUUGGUUUGUUUGUCUGUUAGCAACUUUACGGAGAAUGUAACAGACGGAUUGACCUGAAAUUUUCACCAGAGGUGCGACUCAGCCCCAGGAGGAUCCCAUUAGAUUUUGGUGGUGAUCCGGACAAAAUUCUGGAUACUGUGAUCCAGAACACAGAAAAAUAAGGGUGUCGUUGGAAUUUUCAAUGCUGAAAGAUAACCAAUGGGCGGCACAGAGGGUUAGAUAAGUGGCACAGUGGUGUAGUGAUAAGCAUCGUCGCUUCACAACCAUAAGGUCCUGGGUUCGAAUCCUGGUCAGGGCAUUUCUUGUUUAAGGGGGGACAUGAGCUGCUUGGCGGAGGUCUGCGCUCUCCAAGUGCUUUUCUAGUUUAUCAUAUGCAAUAUGGCAAUUUUCAUACCUCAUUUAUCCCACCAACUUAUCCUCCAUUUCAUACAUCCACACUCAGCACCUACUUCAUCGAUUGUGCACUUUGUAAAUAUUUCUCUUAUACUUCUAUUCAUCUUUAAUAUUUUUUUGUAUCCUUAUAUAAUUGUAUUCCUCUCAGUUCUUAUUUAUCUGUACUCCUUCGAGUCGAGCGGUCCUCUCAUCCAGGGCAUUUCAUUGCAUUGUUGACCUUGUUUAACAUGCUCAUAACAAAUAAACAAAUCUAUUGAAUCUCUCUCUCUCUCUCUCUUUCUCUCUGGGGUAGUAUGACCCAACAAUGUGCAAAGAUAUUGUUGCAGUUCAUACUCGUAGUGAUUUCAGGCUGGAUAACUGUGAUGAUGACAGUGUUUCACAAUAGUAGGAGAUCCAUCUGCUUUUAACAUCCAAAAAAGGAAAGCAAAAAGUGCUACUGUAGAAAAAAUAAUAAUAAAUGCAAUUCACUUUUCAUCCCACAAUGCCUCUAUCAAAACAAUGUGACUGCUGUGGUUAUAGUCGUCCUCAGAGACAGAUUGUGUGUCUGCGUGGGUGUCUCUGUCUUUGACUUUGUUAGUAGGAAGGUGAAAUGGAAGACAGACAGCCAGGCAAACAAAGGAUGAAGCAACACGAGCUCUCAGACAUUCCUUUGGUUCAUUUGUGCUGAAACAGACCAGGCCGAAAGGCUUUGACACAUGACUGUUUCUCCUCCAUGUGUAUUUUCCAGAAAAGUUCCCGGAAAAAGGAGAAAGAGAAGCAAACGUGUAAAGGCUGCAACGAGAGCUUCAACUUCACCAAGCGCAAACACCACUGCAAGUCCUGUGGAGCGGUGAGCACAGAUGGGAGAGGAGACAGCAGGGGCACAGUUUGGUUGCAUGUAGAAGUGAUGAUGGGAUGGAGAGAAAAGUCAGGGAACGAGUGGAACAUGUCUUUCGGAUGAUUGAGAGUUCACAACAAAGCAGACUUCUAAUGCUGUCUCUCUGCGUCCUUCUGCAGGCCAUCUGUGCAAAGUGUUCAAAGACCUUGGACAACAAAACCAGCCGAGUGUGCCCGGAGUGUUUCGAAGCCAGCCUCAGCCUGGAGAACUUGGGUGUUAGUGAACAGAGAAGGAAAGCAGGGCCUGAGGUGAGACCAAGUAAAAACAAGAACACACUCUAAAAAAUUUACAUUUGAUCAUACAGUGGAAGAUUUAACUCCCUGUAUACAAACAAUCAUGCUAAAAAGACUGUAUCCUGUAUAACCUGUGGAAUACUAAUGUUACCUUUCUAUACAUUACUGCACACAGACACAAGCACAUAUUCAAUUGUACAAGAGUUUCACUGAGAAACGAAUCCCUCUUAGAUGACUCAUAGUUUAUAAAUAUACACAUAUAUUUAUACAGUGUUAAGUUCAUUAUAAUUAGACUGCAGCCUAACUUGCAGCUGACUCAGCUGUGUGUCUGCUUGUGCUGCAAAAUCUAUUCUGUUAGAUCAGAUUAGUUUAGCUUUAACUUUUCGAUCCUUUUGGGACAGUUAGAAAUUGUCGUCAUACUAAAAACCUUUGACUUUUCACACACAUUUUUGUUGACAUUUCGUUCACCGUUCAUCGCUUUUUUUCCUUGUGAGGAUUCCCCCCAAUUUGAAUAAGAAAAAGCUCCACUGCAGUGCACAUUUUUCACCACAUGAGGGAGCUGUAGGCCACACAUGGUUAACACAGAGGGCAGCAGGAGCUUGGACACCUUGAUAUAAACAAAUCUCAUUGUGCCCUACUUUGUGAUGAGUCAUGACAUAAUCUUGAACACUGUGAGAUCCCCUCUCUCAUAAGAAAAUUACAUGAUACGCAUUUAACUACAAGCUAAUUCAAAUAAGAAAUACAUUUUAAAGCCAAAAAUGAAACUGUAUGUUAAAUUCAGUCAACAUUUCUCACUGUCAUUUCAAAUUCAUGAGGCUACCAGGUUGUCUCACACUGCUACUGAGGUUUAACACAUCGUUUAUCAUGGUGUAUCUACUUCCUUACAAAUACUUUUACUUCCUUUUUAGAGGCAGACAUCUCUAACGGGAGAGAACUGUCUGAUAUGUGGCCAACUUCAAGUGCAAGAGAAAGGGAAGAGCUGGACAAAGAUGUGGGUGGCUGUCACAAAGGCUGAGCCGCUGGUGUUGUACUUGCAGAGUAACGGACAGGUACAAGUUCAACACAAACACACACGUAUAGAUAUUUUUAUCUACAUCCCUUUUUUUCAGGAUUGUGUACUUUCAUGAUUCAUGUCUUCUUCUGACUAAACUGUUGUUGGUACAAGUUGAUCAGGGUGAACAUGUAGCCAGUCAUCUUUUCUAUGUCAGCUGAUCGUCUUGCAACAUGUCUGGACUUUCCUCUAUAAGUCCUGCCUAUCCCACAUCCUCCAUACGAGGGAUGACCUUUGUGUAGCUUAGCACCAGUGCACAACAUUUUGUGUGAAUCAAAUCUGGGUUAGAAAGAAUCUGACCUCAGGUAUUGUUGCUGUUGUUGUCAGACAUGCUGCUCCACUAUGUGACAAAGCCCUGGUUUUCACUCGAUCAGAUUGAACACUUCAUGUUCCUUGAAAUCUUGGCUCUGAAUGCAGGAUUAAAUCCACUCAGAACAUCCCUUGGACAGACUUUUCACUGGCUUGUUUACAUGCUCGCCUAAAAUAAAAAGAUUCCAAUCAUAUUUGGGAGCUUUUUGCUGUGAUUCAUAGUGGAUGGCACAGAAGGAGAGUCCGCCUGACAAAACCUCUCCCAGUUUCAAUUCCAGGACUAAUAUCUCAAUCCUGCAGCAGAAAGCUUUCAUUCCAAAGAUUAGGAUUAAAAGGGAGUUGAGAGAAAGCAUUCCCUGUUUAUCCGGAGGAAGCAGGGGGAAGGGUUUAGUAUACAUGCAGCGGAAAAGACAGCCAUCACUUUCUGCUGUUACCAGUUUGUUUUCUGUUCCUGUAUAUUUGACAUAUUCACUUUAUUUGUCUGUAGGACUCCAAGGGUGCUCGGGCAGUGCCUCUACCUGGUUUCGAGGUGGGCGUGGUUCCGACUUCAACAGGGGAUAAGUCAGAUGUCAAACAUGUCGUGCAGCUCAGUCACACCCAGCAAACUUUGCUCUUAAGUGCCCAAGAUGCAAAACUUCAAGCCAAGUGGGAGGAGGUUCUCUCGAAAGCAGCCCGCGGAGAAACACCCACAGAUACGUCGGUCAGCCUGACUGAACACAGGAAGAGCCAGUAGCGGCUGUGUUGGGGCGACAGGGCUCCCUCCCACCCCUUCCCCUUCUCUCCUGUGUAUAGAGCACACAUUACUUGAAUUCACUUUACCUUGGCACUUUUUAGUUUUGUUAUUUUUUUUUUCCCCCCUCCAAAGGACCACUCAAUCCUUCCUAUACCACUUCAGUCUUCACGUCAUGACCACAAAGCUACAUCUUCCUCUUCGUUUCCACCUUUCUGUCUUUCUCAAACACACAAAAACAAGAAGGACUAUACAUUCAAACCACAAAUGUAUGUUUACGUGGUUCGAUAGUUUUAUUAUUUUCAGUGUUUUCAGCAACCAGAGAGGACUAAAUAUUUUAUUUGUAAAAUAGCUGAAGAAGGUUUUUUUUUUAAAGAUGAAGUUUCUUGUACAUUAUGCGACCGUGUUGUGAAGCAUUAAAUCUUAUAUGUUUGUUUUUCCAUUUGUGUGAAAGUACGUGUGUGAGUGUGUGUUUGAAUGCGAGGCCACUCCUGUGUUUAUUAAGUAUUGAAUGUUAGUGUAAGAAAAAACCUGGUGCCACCUCCCUCCUGCUGGGACACAGUGGCAGAUUAAUGAGUAAUGUACAGUAUGUAAACUAUAGUGCGAUGUAAGGAGAAAAAAAAAGUUUUAACUUAAAAAGACACAGAGAUGUGUACGCUUGUGGCUGGCCACCUGAUGCUCCCACUGUCAGCUCCCAUAUUACAGACCCUCUCCUCUUUAUUGGUAUUAACCUUCUUCCAUCUCUCGCUUUGGACUCUUGAGCUCUCUUAAACUGAUCCAGCACAUUUCCUCUCUUUCAUUACUGUGAUUAGUCUAGUUGAAAGAACACAGCCAGGAUGGGAUCAUGCAGCAUCAACUCUCAAUCCCUCAGUAUCUCCACUUAUACACACGCUGAAUAAACCACUUUCAUAUUACUCUACCCCUCUUCUUCCUUGCUUCCCUCCUCAUGGUGAUGUGAUGGAAACCAAGUACUGUACUGUAAAGCUGUUAACUCUGCCUUGCCCCCUGUACCCUGCUCCUAUCAGCACCAGCCUUUAAGCAAACGUAGCAAAAAAAAAAAACUUGUCAUUGGAUCUAUUUGUGCAUGUAAACUCACUCAUAUUCAUGUACCGUGCUAUGAAAUCUUGCUCCUCUCCCUCUUUUUUAUUCUUCAGAGUUCAUUCUUGUUGUACUGUAAGUAAGCAAAGUCAGCAAUGAGUGUUUUUUUAAAAUAUGGAUUGUGCACAGUGGAAAAGCAGUCGAGCAUAUCAUCAAUAAAAAAGAUGUUGUGAUUCAUACAGUACUAUGCUGUUAAACUGAAA